CCGCAACUCCGCCAAGCACCGUCGCGGCUGCCCAAGAAGCGCGUUCUCCCGUGCCGCUCAUUCGUGUCGCACACGUUCACCCGUUGAUACGACGCGCGCCGCCACAGCACGAUGCGUUGUCCCGGCCAAGUGUCUACCGCCGCGGCGUGCCCGCACCGACGGAUCGUCUGCACCGCGGCCGUUCUACUCCUCUGCCUGACGUCCGGUAAGUCAUCUAUGGCGAUUCCAUCGCAACUAUAAACCGCGCUGUUGUAUUAUAAUAUUGGAAAACGUAUCCCGGAUGUAUACGUCGCACGCGUGAUAAAUUAUUGUAUCGCCGUUAAUCUGCAUUAUGUUUUAUUCAUAUAAUAAUAUUACAUAAGUGUAUGGGUAUUGUUAUUAUUAUGAUUUUUAUCAACGUUAUAUUAUUAUUAUUCGACACGAACGCCCUCCCCACCACCCACCCGCGUCUAACUUUUUUUUUUAAAGUGUAUGCAUAUUUAUGUAAAUAAUAAUAAUUUCUUUAAAAACCAACAACUGCAGCGGAGGGGCUUUUCAAAUAACGCAUUAUGUUCCGAAUACAAUAGCUGCAUUGAAGUAGGUAGAUAUUAAAAAGGGUAGGUGGUAUAUAUAGGUAGGCACCCUUUGAAAAUAAAAUUACACGCACUUGAAUUUACGAAAUUAAUAAACGCGAUAAACAAAAUUGUAAACGAAAAAGGGGCACGUUUUCGCUGACGUUUUUAUCGGAAAAUUAUAAUUUUUCCCGCAAUCUAACAAAUACAAUGGAUCUUUUUAACCGUUAUAAAGAAGUAAAAUAUUUUCUAUACUUUCGAUCAAAAUGUGUACACACGACCGUAUAUCAAUAAAAUUGUUAAAAACCAUUUAUCAACCACGAUCCACGAUUAUAUAUUUUAAUAUUAAUUGAUUUGAUAAUAUACCUUUAUAGUAUCACUUAUGACGCCUAACCAACCACUAAUCAUUCCUUUCAAGAAAAAAGCAAUCAAGUCAUAAAGUAGAAGAAGUGUCAAUUUUCAUUAAUUUUUUCUUACAAAUUCGUUUCCCUAAAUUUUUAGUCUAAAUAGUAUAAAGUGUAUACUAUAUAUAUAUAUAUAUUUUUAUAAUACAUAUUAUACAGAAAAUUAAAAUUUCUCAAGUCGUAUAAUCAUAUGAGAACGUCAUAUUUAGGUUGGACUAUUUAACAAUUUAAUAAUUUACAAUUAUGCCAUUACCUAUGUCAUUAAAAUAAUUUCAAAAUUUAAUUCGUUUUUAUUGAAAACUAUACAAAAUUUACUUACGCUCUUUUUCCGAAAGAAAUGGUUAAUGAAUAUUAUCAGGAACAUAAUAUAAUUUUAAAAUCAAUUUUUUUUUUUUUUUGUCCUUCAAUUCAAUUAUCUUUUAGUUCGUACAUAUUCGUAUAAAAACUAAAACAUUUUAGAAAAUUAUUAUACACCGCAAAAAGUAUGAAAAUUAUGUUGGAUCACAUGUAUCUCUAACAUAAUAUUAUUCACUUAUUGUGUUUUGCCAACACAUUGUCCACCAAUCUAUUCCUACCUAUUAUAAUGCACACAAAAUACCUAUAGCAAAGAAAAUUAUAACAAUGACGACACGGAUUUACCGGUAUAAAGUCACGCGCGUGUUCAGCUCACGCAAAAAUUAUUUUUUCUUUUUUAUUAGAAUUUCGGGUUUUGUUUUCUUAUCGAAUCGUUUUCACCUCUUCUCAUUGAAAAUUAGCAUCCGGAUAGAGACAAAACCCCGUGGUUUCCCCAUUCGUUCGGCCUAAUUAUUAUUAUAUCGUCGUUUUUUAUAUAGUUACGGUGAGAAAGACAAAACAACUGCGUUUAUAUACCUAGCGUGCAUAUCUAAACAAGAUUCUGUAUUAUAAUAUCAUAAUAAUUGAAUAAAUUGUAUCCGCUUAUAACAAGAAGAAAAGUUCAUUAGACUCAGGGCCAAAUUAAGCCCAAGUAAAGCCCUAGACAAUAGGCACAAAUUUAAUAACCUAUUAUAUUGUAAGGUCAUAAAAGAAAAAUGUUCACUUGUUUAACCUUCGAUAUUUUGUGUGUAAUGGAUAGAAAAAAAAUGCAUAAAUAUAUAAUUCAAUUCAAAUCAAACAAACCGUCUACCUUUUCAAAUUUUAAAUCAUCCCAUUUUUAGCUUUUUGUAUAUCAAAGUUAUUUAUAUCACUUAAAUCAAGUUUAAUAAUUAAUUAUCAAUUUUAAAUAAUAUUAAAACGCCCAAUCUCUCAUCUGAAAUAGUAAAACGCGUAUAUUUUGUUCUUCGAAGGAGGGGUAGGCUUACAUUGUGCAUAUUACUUUGUAAUAUAUUUAUAACUGGAUGUGAGCUUUAUGUUACUUAUAAUAAUCAACACCUGAAACUUUAGCUGUAAAAUUAUGUCAAAAGUGAUUUGAAUUUUAUGAUAUAAAAAUAUAUUACACUACCUAUUUAAAUAAUUUUAGUAUGGUUAAUUUUGGGACACUAUUGAAUAUAAUCAGACAAAAUUGCCUUAAGCACGCGCCUAGCACAACUAUACGUUAAUUUAGUAUCCACGCACAUUGAUUAAAACAAUACACUAAACAGAAUAUAAAAGAAUAACGAUGAUAAUGUGGUGCCGUUCGGUUAAUUAAUUCUCUAUAAAUACACUAUCCGUAUAACAUAUCGGUAGGAAGAAAUGAAAAAAUAAUAUUAAAAGACGAUAUUAUAAUACAAUAAGUACCUACCUAUUUUUCUAAUGAUCUUAAUAGAAAAAAAUAAAAAAACACAAACACAAAUAAGUAAGCCGAUAGAGGCAUUAAUUUUAUCCAAUCGUUCUAAAAUAAUGUUCACAGUACAAUAUAACCACGAAUAUGCUGACAAAACCAAAUGUAAUAGAAAUAACCAGUCGAUGUUUUGACCCUCUGUGUCUACAGGGAUAUUACCGAUGUCUUAUUUAACGAUUACUAAUUGUCCCGUUGUUCCUGCAGCUGCAGCAGACACUGCAAUCGCAAAUUUGUUUUUAUUUUCGUUAACACCGCGCGGAGGUCGUCGUGACUUAUUAUUGCCCGAAAUAUAAGUCGACAAUACGAUUUUACUUUUCCUACACAUUUGCGCCACCUUUCACUAUAAAACUACCAUCGUCAGCGCUAUACCAUAAUAAUAACAUAUUCGAAUAAUAUUGUAAUCAAAGUAUAAUAUUACCGACAUAUACCACAUGCCAGCGACACUCCCUCGCAUGCCCAGGUCACUCGAUUAAACCGAUCGAACUAUAUAUAUAUAUAUAUAAUAGACGCAUUAUAUUAUUGCCUGCAUACGUCAAAAUUGUAUACAACACUCAAAAACCUGUCGAUCCGCUUUGUAAAAUAUCCGUCACGAAGUCGCAUUGUAAAACCCAUAAAUAUAAUAAUGUAUCACAUUUAUAAUUAAUAAUUUAUUAUUUUAACAUUCCAUUAUAUAAGGUUGGUCGAAUAUACACGUCAGUCAACCGUGGUAUGCUAACAAUAUUAUUGAAACGGCUAUCGAGGAACUGGAGUUUACCGGCCUAAGAAAACACAACUAUGCGAAACUAAUACUCGCGAAAUAAAUAUAUAAUAUGCAAGACUCGGAUCAGUCAUAAUAGUUCACGUUUGCGUUAUUCAAAGGUGAUAAUAUAAGUCAAUGUGUCCCCCCCUAUUUGGGUGGUCGGUAACCUAUUACAAACUAUAUCGUACAUCGAAAAUUUAAUAUUCGGUUAAAAAAUUCCUAACGGAAAUAUAAUUCAUUAUAAUAUAAGUAAGUACAUUAUCUAGUGACGUGAAUGGAUAUCCAAUGAAACAGCUACAGCAUGACCGAAUCAGGUGGGUGGGUGGCUGCUGUAUGAGUAAAACUUAUUGAUCGGAUUUUUUCUUCUAAUCUCCAGUCGUUUGAUUGGUUUGCUGCAGUUCACCGUGCGACUCUAGCAUAACUCAACUCCUUUAAAUCCGCAUAACUUUCUUAUUAGUGUCCAUUGCGGUUUAUCUCAUGUACUCAUCGUCGGUCUUUCUCUUCCAAUAUGACCUUUUACGUCACCUUAUGUGACGCGUGUCGUUAAGCUAUCGUAACGCAGUAGACGCCCUGUCAUUUUAACCCGUCUGACGUAUACAGGUACAAUGCCGAAAUUCUCGGUUUUUCCUUAUUCCGGUCAAUACUUCCAAUUAUAAUUAUUAUUUCUAUCGAUUCAAAUCUUGAGCGUUGUCGUUCAAAAUCCGCCGGUUUUUUAUUGACUCGCCUGCAACGCGAUAGUGCAAAUUUCGCAGCCACGCAGAGCCAUCGUACUCCAAGCGCAUACGAUUUCGGGAACUUGCGUAUUAUGAUUCAUGAGUGGGCGAAUACGAUUUUACGCGCGUUCGUAUCAUUGGACGGGACCGUGGUUUCGUGAUUUACAAGUAAAUUACGCGCGAUGGAGAUGUCGCAGGUACGUAGGCACCUAUCGUCACGCGCAAUCAUCGCGAACAUAAUGAUAUACAGAGUAAUAUAAUAUUGGCGUGCGCCUAUACGCCGUACUUAAAUCAUAUUAUAAUAUAACGUCAAAACCACGACAAUUUACGACUAUUGAAGACGAGUUCCGGAGCUGCACAUAAUACGCCCACGCUAUACAUAAUAUUAUGUGUAUGCGUGUAUAUAUAUAUAUUGUAGUUUAUAAUAUUAUUUAAUAUAUAAUAUAUUAUUGGCAAAUUAAGACGGUACACUCGCUCGAGUGACGCCUGUAUAUCAUAUGCGAGUAUAAUAUCUGCGUAUGCGUACGUUAUAAGAACGGCAGUGAGGAAUGGAUAUUUCGAGAGACAGCGACUUAUCCCCCGGUGUAACUAAUUGCUCCGAUGCGUUCGCGCCACUGCCGCGCCACGUUGCGCACGCGGUAUAAUUAAAUAGACGAGCGUUGCGCGCUACCAGCGAAAACUAUAUAAAUUAAUAUACCGCCAACACGCGCCACCGACAGAGGUUUUGUUCGGCGUUCACAAAACUUUACUGCACACGUAUCACGGUUUUUUUUUUUUUUUUGUUUUUUGUCUAUCUAUUCGCUAUAUAGAAUACAGAUACACACACUCAAUACAUUAUACCGUGUAUAAUAUUAUUACCAUAUACCGGUAUGUAAAUAUUAUGGGUCACGUGGUUAAUUUUUAUUCGCGAACGAGACAUUUACGAUUAGGUCGAACAUACUCGACAUGUAAUAUUAUUAUUAUUAUUAUUAUUAUAGUUUCCGUUUCACUGACAAAAAAAUCUUACUGAAUUUCUUUAUCGUCUUUAUAGCUUAAUCGAAAAAAUUACAUAAAAUCGAGUAAAAUAAAAUCAUUGGAUAUACUGAGAAAAAAAACCAUUGGUAAUAUCAACAAGAUUAUCUCGUUAGCUGUUAACAUCUCUACCUCGCUUAUGUUAUUGUCAAAAGAACAAUGAUAUAUCUAUUCAAUUAAUAAUUAUAUUUCCAAAUUAAAUUUUUAAAUUAAUAAAAUGUAAUUAGGCGUCUGUGUUGUUUCGGUAUUGUUGUCAGAAAAUUGGCACGGUCGUUAAAAAUCGGGGUUUCCUUAAAUAACGCUCAACGGACGGUUUAGUUUUUUUUUUUUGUUCAUCGUCAAUAAAUUUGUCUGACAUCAGAUACCGAUUUUGCUAAGCAUGGCACUGCUGCAAAUGAUAUUAUCGCCUACAAAACCUUAUUGUUACUUAUUGCUAUUAUUUUUGAUAAUGCUCUGGGAACUUAUCUUAAAUCUAAUCUGUAACAACAAUGACAAUAACGAUGAUUAAAGAUAUUAUAUAAAUUUCAUAUGACCUAGUGCAAUUGCAAGCAUUUUUACAGAGUAUUGUAUUAUAUAAGGUGAAAUUAUUAAUUUUAUUAGUACCUAUAUAAACUAUUCAAAUAUUGAACAACUGAAAAUAUUGUAGGUAUAUUAUGAAUUUAUAUUUAAUUUAAUUUUGCACACGUUCUUUGAAUCAUCGAAAAUAAAAUAUUUUAUAGAAAGUACAAAUAUUCCACCUUUUUCCCAAUUUUUUUUUUUCAAAACACAAUAGACCGUACCAAUAUUCCGUUUACUAUUUCGAUAUAAUAUCUAAUUUUUCUUAGAGAACAAAAAUUAAUGUAUUGUCACUGUGAUAAUAUAUUGUUAAAAUAUCCCAUCAGAAACUCUGCAGUCUUCAUAUUUGUUUAUCAAUGUAUAAUAUAUAAAAUAUAAUUUAUAACAAAAUUAAAAUGCUUUAAAAUUUAAAAGUUUAUAAUUAUAGACUAUAGGCAUUAUAUAGUGUAGUACUAGUUCUGUAAAGUAUCCUAGAGUAUUUCUACGUACAUAAUUUUGUACUGAUUUUUAAUUUUAAAUAACAAAUCCAGAAGCUUUUUACGAAUUGAAUAAAGCAAAAUUAAUUCUUACACCCAGUUUCGGUAUCCUGCUAGCUUUUUUUUAUUCAUAAAUUACUACAUUGUCACGAGCAAAAGGUCAUUUUCAUUUAUUUAAAACAUUAUUAAUUAAAAUAUGAUUAGUAAUGAUAUUCGAAACAUAAUAUAACUCCGAUAUGUACACCGUUUAAUUAUUAAUUCUGAUCACCAUCAUCUUUUAUUGUAAUAUAUGAAUCAUAUUAAUGAUUAUCAAUAAUCAUAUUUAAAUAAAUUGUAAAUGAAGUCUGAAAACGAAAUCUACAACAUUUAAAAUUACGGUGCACGUAUAAUUGUAUAAUGAGCUAGUGGCAUAUUUACCGGAGGUGGAUUCGAAUAAUAGAUUUCCCACGACUUUUUUUCUUACUAUUUUACCUCCUCGGAAAUAUAUUACGGUCAUAGAUGUAGUAACGCACCAGAGAUAUUUUCGGAAGCAGAUGUUUUACUUAUAAUGAUUUAACAAUUUAAUAUAAUAUAAAAUACAAAUAAUAAUCUCGAGUCUUGACUCAGGAUUAUAAUAUGCAUUCGAUAUUUGUGACACAGUAUUUAAUCCAAAUAUACAUAGCAUAAGCUUCUAAAAAUAUUUUGUGCUUUACCAGUAUCAACCGCUACUUUUGAAAGUUGUGAGCGGAUUAAAUCAAAUCCUAGAAAAAGUAUGACAGUUGUAAAUACUUAAUAUUUUUUCCUAUUUACGAUUGAGGUAUGUGUAACUGUAAUAGAUUAUUAUAUAUUCUUAUUAUUAGAUCAGACUAAAUCCGGGUCGACCUUAUUGCAGACAUGUCACCGAUCACUCAUACAUUUAUAAUAAUACCAGAUGAAGUCAUUGAUGAGCUAAGUCUCAAAAAUAGAAAAUUUGAUUUUGCGUUAUGGAUUAUGUAAAAUAUUAUAAUUAUCAAUUAAACUGUAUAUAUUACAUAUAUAUAUAUAUAUAUAUAUAUAUAUAUAUACAUACAAUAAUAUAAUAAAGAAAAUAAUGUUUUAACGUAACAUAUAUUAUUACAUAUUUAUGAUUUUGAUGACGUAUUUUUUAAUAUUUACGAUGUGAAUAAGUUGUUAUAACUUAAGAAAACUUGAGGGGGGCUGAGGAGCCGGAGUCCCUCUUCCUCGAAAUAUUGACCUCCGUACGACUACGUAUAUUUUCCCGUCCAAGACAAAAUCCUACAAAAUACUCCACUGCAAUGAACUUAUUACCGUAACGAAAUCGAUACAACCAUAUAGGUACCUAGUAAAAGACUGGUCGGUUGAUUUCCCCGAUAAUUGCAUAGGUAUACACGGUAUAGAAUAUAUAAUACUAAUAAUCUUCUAUACGUGUUUUCGCUCGGAUUAAAAAACAGUUAAAAAUUAACGAGAACGAGGAAGUACCCAUUAUAAGUUAUUUACGCGCAUCGUGAUUUAAAUAUUACUGUAUUGUAUUUAUUCGCAAUAUUAUUGUAUAUUAUAUUUACAUUAUAUUAUGAUAUACGAGUGUAUUAUGCAGUAAAAAACCGCCACUGUCGCCGCCGGACAGUCGGACGGACGGACAACAACGACGUCCGUGCGCGCGUGUAUGUACCGCGUACGUGUACGCGAAUACACAAUUAUACGGGAGGGGGGGGGGGGUUGUUCGUUUUUUGCCGGUUUUUUUUUUUUUUUUUUUUUUUUUUUAUAAAUCGUAUUUUUCUUUAUUGCGCGACGGCCGGUUUUCCGGUAGCACACUCGCGCGCGCGAUUCGGCGGAUGAUUUAUCAGUAGUCGGUCCAGUUAUUAAUUACCAUCGGACACUACGGCCCGGGCACCGAACCGCUUUUGACCGCAAAACACGGCCCGUCUUGCCGAAACCAAAAUAAAUUAGUCAAACCCCAGAGCAAUCCGAACGCCGCCGCCGCCGCCGCCGUCGAUACCACCGCCCGGAACACGCGAACGCGGGCCCGUUUUGCGUAAAAUGUAUAACUGGCACGCGCACACACACGCGCGCAUACGCAUACACACACGCGCACACGCACACACAUACACACACGCGCACGCGCACACGCGCACAUUGUAUAUUAAUAAUAAUAAAUACUCUACGCGCGCAAUAGUAGUAAUAAUAAUAAUAAUAAUAAUAAUACGGAAAACGUAAAUAUUUUUGUUUAACCGAAGAGAUAACUGUGCGCCGCGAACUCGCUCGGUGAGGAGAAGGGAAACGCGGACAACGUCGGCGUAUUCACGCAGCACACGGAGUGUGCGAGAGCUCCGCGUUUCACGUGUCCGCGUGAAACCGACAUUCGAAUCGGUAAAAACCGCGUGCUUAAAAAAAAAUCCGUGUACACGUGCACGGGUUAUACUCGCGUUAUUCGAACGGUAGUGUUCUCACUGCUCGGUAACACCAAAACGCGAAAUUGAAUUUUAGUACAGAUUCCGAAAGCUAAACAUUUUCCAACUAACAGUAGGUAAUGACGCAGAUAAAACAUUAUUUAAUGUGACUCGGGACAAAUUACGACUACCUACUCGAAACCCGUUUUAUAUGUUAUUAAAUUUAUGAUUAGAUAUCUGUCAAAAAUAGUAAUUUUCUAAAUAGCCAUAGCUUAUUGCAACAGUGCAAUUACCGCAAAAAUAUGAAUACGGAUAAAGCGCAGGACUUUAAAACAAAACGAAUACAUUAUUUACAGAAAAUGCUUACAACACUAUAGCAACAAAAAUUGUCACCAUGACAAGUUUUCUGAAUAUAUUAUUAAGAAAUGUAUUGAUUUUUACAUACACACGUAUACAGGUUUUACAUAAAUUUUUUAUUACGAAGUAGCUACUUUUUCAGUUAAUGAUUUUUAUAAGUUUUAUAAUACAACUCCGUUUUUUUUUUAAAUAAAAUAUAUAAAAUUCCUAAUACUAAUUUUUACUUCAAUCAUUUUUUUUUUUAUUAUUAUAAUUUGUUUUUUAAUAUAGGUGUUAUACCAAUGUGUUUAAAAGGCACUAUUUAAUAGUUAAAAUAUCUUAAUUUUCCUUCGAUGAAUAUUUUUCUAGACAAUUCGGUUUAUAAAUGAACCAACGAUAUAACCAAGAAUUUAAUAUUUAUUAUAAUAUAUCACAGUAUUAUAAUUUAUAAAAUGAAUUCGUGAUGGGUGAAAUUAAUGAUAUGGGUUGUUCAACGUAAACCCUAAAGUUCACAAUAUUAUUAUAAUUUUUAAUAUUACAAAAUUAGGCCUACAACAAAUGGACUUUAACGACUCAAGUCAAAUAACUAGGCAUGUAUGACGCUAAAGUUAUUAUAAUAUUAUUGUUUUAGCUAACAACAGAAUUAUAUUGAUCAUAUUAUUAUACUUUAUACUUAUUAGUUAUAAUACGUAUAGGGAUUUUAUUAACUUUAACCAACUGUACAAAGUAAAUAUUAAUAUAAUAUUAGAGUACAUUUCAAAUAAAAUUGUAUAUACUCAUAAUAUCCCUAAUAAUAAAAUAGUAGGUAAUUCUUUUCUUUUAGUAUCUAUAAAACUAUGACAUAAUUUACUAUACUUCCUAUUGAUAAUACUAACUUUCUCGCAAUUCAAAAACAUAACUAUAAAAAUACAAGCAUCUUAAGGUUUAAGUUAAAAACGAAUAGAAAUAUUAAAAUAAUAUAACAAUAAUAUUAUCACUGUCAAAUUUACAUUAAGGAGUAAUAACUUCGACACGAAUCACAAUAUCGAGACACAAUAUCUGUCUUGAUAUAUUUUUAAAGUUAAAUAGGUUUUCUUUACUAUUUAUAUUAUCUCUGUGUUAUAGCAAAUAUUAUAGAAUAUUAAACCAUGAUUUUUCGAUAAUAAUUUAUUGUUAACUGUUAUUAUAACUAGAUACUUUAAAAAAAAAAAACUUGUUUUGAACUUUUGAACAGUAUACAAUUUCAUGUUCAUAAUAACUAAAAAAUAUCUCUGAAUUUAAAAAAAAAAUUAUAUCUUGAAAUAACAGCAUAACAUAGUAUUGCAUCCACUUUGAAUAUACAUUUAUUAUUGCAUAAAAAUAUUUGUCCAACAGAAUAAAUUGUAUUUUAAAAAAAAUUGAUUUUUAUUAGGUACGAUUCGAGUUUUUAUAAAAUAAAAAACCUUGACAAAACAAAAAAGCAUUUGUUGUAUAAUAAUGUGCUUUAUACCAAUAGGAAUUGUUGUUAGCUUUGAAAGUAUACGACCGUAUUCGAAAUAAACUAUAUAAAUACGAGUUUGCAUCGAUUAAAUACUUUUACCCCUAUGGGUAAAAUUCAUUGCAUAUUACAUCAAAUAUAAAUACAUUUUUAAACGAAUUAAAAUAAUUAUCAUAGAUAUUAAUAUACAAGUUGUUAUAGCUAUAGUUAUAUCUGUAAUAACUAAGGAACGGAUUUUUUAAAUAAUUACUAUGCAAAUAAAUCAAUAUUAUUUUUUGAAUUAACUGGCAGGUACUAAUUUAAUUUUACAUAAUAUGUCAGACCCAGAUCCGACGCUAUCAAAAAUCGAUGAAGGGAUGUGAUUAAAAAUUGUGCAAAUCCAAAUAUCGAAUAUUCUAACUUACAAAAAUAUAUUCACUCAUUACAAUAAUACCUAAUACCUAUUAUUAUGAUGAUAACCUGUAACAAUAAUUGUAGUAUGAUAAAAUAAAAGACAAAAUUUAAAUUGAAUUAAGAAAUUAUUAUUUUUGUCGACUAUAUAGAAAUAAAUUAUCGUUAAAUAUUAUUACCGACCCAGUAUAGUCCACAAGCACCGACAUAUUUUCAGCCCUGUACAGACGACCUAACUAAUUUUUGUAAAUUUCCCAAACAAAAUAUUUAAUUUGAACUCUAAAACUAACACAUUCCGAAGAAUAUUCUAAUAUUCUUCGAAAAUAUCAAGGGAUUGCAUCGUGGGAUUCAUUAUUAAUUACUUCAAAAGUUUUAAUUUCUGAGCACAUAUUUACUGCAUAUUACAAUAAAAAUACUUUUUAAGAAGUAAAAACCAUUAUAAAAGUUCCUAAGUUCCUUCGUCCCGUUCAGGGUCUUCGUAGUAUAUUAUUAUUUAUUUUUAAUGCAUACCCUUUUAACAUUUUUCCCUUUAGUCGAGUGCGAAACAGGUAAUCGGCCAUUUUAAUCGACCGUAAUAUUCGUAGAAAUCUAUUUUGACCGUGUAGGUACUAGGUGAUUAUUAUUAUUUGGCUCUCCAUGACUCUAUACAAUCUAUGGCGUGUAAAGUCCGCCUAUAAUAAUAUCGUGUUGAAAGUGAGAACGAAAACACAAUCCGGAUUGGCUCGCCGCACAUAUUCAGUGAAAAAAAUGUUAAUGUAACAUGUAAUGUAUGUACGUAUAGACACAUAAUAUUAUUGUCCUUUGUCGGGGUUCUUACAGAACAGAUUUCGUAAUACGGGUUUGUAUUAUGAUAAUAUAAUUAUUAAGAGCACAAACACACACACACACACACACACACACAUAUAAUAUAUAUUAUUAUAGUAAACGAGAUAAUGAAAUAAUAAUAUUAUCGGAAAAAAACCGCUUUAUUUUUUUUUUCUCUAAUCACCCUCGCACUUUCGAAAUCAACGAGAGCAGCAGCUGCUGUCGCCGGACUGUUACGAUAUUGGUUUAUAACAGAAAAAAAAAAUAACGCACAAAAUAUCCGUUAGCCGUCGUCCUUGGGACGGUCAUCGUGGUGGACCACAAUAAAAACAUAUCAGCCAUACUUUCUUGAAAAUCAAAAAACUUUCGUUAUAAAACGACUCGGGAGAUUUUAGCUGCAUGUAAACCUAUGUAUAUAAAUAAUAAUAAUAAUAAGUCGAAACAAAGAAAUAGUUUAAGAAGUUAUCUAGCAAGCGUUAGGCGUAGGGAACAAAUUAUUACGUAUAAAACGCGAGCGAAUCGAUUAUCUCGAAUGAUUUCAGACAAUUUCCGUCGUGGAAACGCCGUCGUUUCAAGGACAUAUACAUGAGGAAGGAAGGAGGGAUAUAGGAGUUUGAUCCUGCAUCACCUUUUUCUUACAUUGUGUAAACCUACAUAAAAUUUCGUUUACAACAUUGAUAAAAGACGCUAUUAGUUCCUACAUUAUAUUAAAUAAUUAUGAUUAGGUUUGACCACAAUACUUUCUGAGUAAGUGUCAUAAAUUCUUACAGGCAUCUACUCAAAACUCCUUAGCUGAACUACAUAUUAAGUUAAACAAUGUGUAACAAAAGACAGAAUAUUAGUCUCUAACACAUUUUACGAAAAAAUCAGUCUUUAUUGUUGAUCCAGAUAAUCCUAUAAGGGAAGUUUACCGUCCCUCCCCAUUCCCUUUCAUUUCUCCUCAUGCAGUCUCUUUGAUCCCUUCCCAUUUCAAAAAUCACGUUUACGCCUCUGCAUAGUUUCAGCGUUUUAUUUUUAAUUUUCUGGCACCACUUAUGACCGCCAGUUUUUUUUUCUGUUUCUUCCAUAUAAAUGUGAUGUGUACCUACCACGGUUGAAUCCGUAUUGAUUGGUAUUUUACAAAGACAUGUUUACAUUCAAGACUUUUAAAACAUUUACACGCACAUUAAUGUCUCUAGCUUUAAUUGUAUUUUUUAAUUUUCAAAUAAAACGAUUCGAACUACGGGUCCAAAAUGCAACCCCUAACUGGUGCUGACACAGCAUUUUUGUCUAUAUUUUUGGUACGAACAUUUUUUUUUUUUUUUUACCAGCCACUAAUUAUUAUUAGUUGAAAUGGUUGUCACAGACAAGGAAAUACCCUUUUAAAAAAUAAAUUUAAACGGUUAACUGAGAGAAGAGAUGUAAACGGAGAAUCAAUGGAAAAUACGGUUUAAUUUUAUUUAAUUUUUAUUCAAUACUGUGCACAGACAAAGCCUUGUACUAUUAAUCUCGGCCAAUUAAGGAGGAGGGGAGAAACAUUAAAUGGAUAUAUAAUAAUCAAUUAGAUAAGAAAUAUCUAAUUCUCAAAGAAUUACACUAGUCUGAAUGGUUUAAAACAAACAAGAUUGGUCAAAUAAAAUAUGAAUGUUGCGCAGAGAGAAUGUGUUGAAUAUUAAAAGAAAUGUUAGAGGAGGCAAAAAGACGAAUCAAAUCGGCGCAUUUUGAAGAUAAUUUUGACAAUCAAAUAGAAUGUAGGAGUCGGUGUGAAGUAUACAGAAAGAUAAAUUAUUUAAUGUAAUUUUAUAGAGUGGGAAGGAAGUGGUCAAAUAUGAGUUUAGAGAAGGAAGAAAGGUUUUUCUUUGAGAGGUACUGGCUGGAUGGAAUACACUGAAAAAUUAAUUUUUACCAAGUAGCAAAAUUAAGAGAAAGUGAAUCCCAGUAGCUUUAACAUAACUUAUUAACGCAGGUUCUAAGAAUAGGGCUAAAGUUAGACCAUUAAAUUUUAUCGAUGGAAAAAACCCUGAGAAAAGCCUUAGGUUCAACUAGCUUGUCGGAAAAAAAAAAAAUUAAUUAUUGUUAUAUUUUGAUUUUAUAAUUUUAAAUUGUAAUUGUUUUUAUUCCAUAUUAAGAAUAAUUUCGUGUUAUUACUCAAGCAUAAUCAUUUUGUAUACAAAUUGUAUCACAUUGUACAACUCAAAAGAAAAAAAUUACAUUUUCAUAAAACAUUUUCAUUGAUUUAUAAAACAUUUUUCAUUGAAAAUAACAAUCGCAACCAAAAUUUAAUUAUAAAUAAUAUUUCUUUACUUAAAUUUAAUUUGUUAUAGGUACAUAAUGAUGAUUUACUCUCUAACGAUAAUAUUAUAUACUUUUGUACAAAAUACUUUACUUGCAAAUGAGGGUAUGUCCACGAAUAUGGAAGUUGUUAACGAAAAGUAUCUUAUAUUUGAGCGCCCAAGUUUACUUUCUAUUAAAAUAUCCAAUUAUAACAAUAAAAAGUAUGAAAAAAUAUGAGAACUAUAAGGACCUACAUAAAAUCAAAUGUCUAUUGUUACGAUCAUUUUUCGCAAUUCACCGGUCGUCUUCUGCUAUUAUUAUUAUUAUUACAUGAUAGCAAUAAUAAUAAAUAGAACAAUGGACAUCAGUAAAGAACGGAGGAAAAUAAAUAAAUACAACUAAAUCCCAUUUUGGUUGCGAUAAAUCCCAUAUUAGCGGGCUACAGUACAUACAAAUAUCUAUCUCGGAAAUCGAAGAAAGUUUGAUUUUCACCGAAAACAAUUAAAAUUCGUCAAACUCUUACAAACACGACGUGCGAUAGGUAGCAAAAAAAAAAAAAAAAAUAUUGAAUCGUGACUUUAUAUUACCGAUACAACCCUCGGGACACCCGCUCUGUAUACAAAUAAUCGGAUUGAAUGCGAUCAAUCGCCGCCCUUUGGGGGUAGGUACCAAUAUCCCUCUAGGUGUGUAAUCUGUACAGAAAAAAAAAAAAAUGAAAAAAAAAGUUUAGUUUCUUUAUAUAGAAAUAAGGAGUUGCGUGCGCAGUGUGUGCAUAUCCGGCCCCGUAUUCGAAAUAAUAUAGAAGAGUCAAUCGGGUGCUUUACAGGUCAACAGAUUUUCCUCUUUAUAUUCUAUACGGAGCUGACAUGAUUAAAAUUGCCGACGACUACAAAAGCGUUUCCGUAAGAGGUGAUACGACGGCGUAUAUAAAAGUUCCAAUACACACGCACGCGCAAACGCAUUGAAGAGGAUUGGGACUCUGGCCUUCCCCCCGGUGCCGUCGCACCCGUCUACUGUACAGUCCUUUAUCAUUUUGGCGCUUUUGUACUAUACACGAGCAGCUGUACACACAUGAUUAUAAUCUAUGCGCCAACAACAAAGUAUCUCUAACUAUAUACGUAUGUAUAAUUCACCCAUCUACAAUAAAUUAUUUUUUACCGCGACCACACUGAAAACAACGCUUUGUUUUAAGUAUCGUAUAAUUUAGUAACGACAACUAGGAAAUUAUGUUAACUCAGAGACGACAACAAUACUUUCGUUUACACAGACAAACUGAUUUUUUAAAAUCAUAAUUCGAACAAGUUAUCGGAUUAUUAAAACAAUACAGUAUGAUUCAGUAUUGUCUACGAAACGUACAAACUUGAAAUAAAUAGUUCUGUAAUAUUGUACAAUAAAUAUUUGUAUAAAACCGUAAUAAGUAGGUAUCACUAAUUUAAUUUAUUGGGUGUAACAAAACAUUAUUGCACGUACUAGUCUACUACUGAACAGUUAGGUUGACCUUGAUUACUUUCCUUAGGGUUUACUAUGGAUAAGAAAUAUUUAGUGGAAAUUAUUACGCUAUAGACUGUUACCCGUCCACAGCAUUCUAGAAUUUUUCUUUAUAAUUGCAACAUAUUUGAUAAACACAACACUUCGACACUUGAAUAUAGUUUUGAUGGUUCGCCAAAUCGUCAAAAAUGUGUGAUGUCGGAUCAUUUGAACGUCGACAAAAUUUCACGAAUUCCAUUUUUCGUGCAAAAUUAUAAUGAUUUAUUUCUAUAGCAAUAUGCCUCUAUGAUAUAAUACCUAUCAAAACUAAGAACAAUUAAUAUUGUUAAUCGAUAAAAUAUUGAUUCCUAAUAUUUUAAUUACGCCGGUGCAUUGCGGUCUUUUCAGUAUUGUUGUUAAAAUAUUUUAUUAUUUUUAUUAAUAUAAACGAUUAUAAGGAAAAUCAAUAAUUUAAUGCACACCGUCCUACCUAUCCUAUCCUAUCCAUCCUAUCUAUUCUAUAUAUUACCUAUUGUAGGUAAUGUAUAAAAAAGAAAAACCCUGAACGUACGCGUUUUCUUGUUUAAAACUGAACCUGUCUUAGAAUGAAGGCGUUUAGAUUAGUAUAGCUAAUUAAAUAGUAAAUAAAGCAAACAAUUACUUGCCAACACCUACGGUUGGACAUUCGAUUUCCAUGACGAUUUUCGGGCCGAAUUUAAUUUACAGUUAUUGAAAAUCGAUCUUUUAUUUUAACCCAGGUACGCAUGUUAUGCGAUGUAGGCACCUAACAUUGAAUUUCCAAAUUCAAUGUCUCCCUCUUCGGCAAUAUCCGUAAACGCGCCACCGACAGGGUGCAUACACAAUUAUACACGCAGAAAUGCCGGUGGCGGUGGCGAUGGGUCGGGGCGGAUAUUAUCCCAUGCCGAACUUGAACCGCCGAAUAAAAUAUCCCGAGCCGUCUUUGACCGCAACUCGCCGUCAGUAUAGGCACCUGGUCCACACAUUACUGCAGUGUAACGUACCGGGCUGCGACGCGAGACCGGCAAUUAAAAAAUUUUCUUCCGCUCUAAUUGAAAAUGUGACCGAUAACAUUUUGUUCGUCAUGAUUGCCGGGCUGUGCAAAGUGAACCGCCUUUUAAUCAACAUCUUAUACACGUGCUCGUGUAUAAUUGUUUAUUGUGUAUCUCUGUAUACCGUACGUACGUACGUACGUGCAUAUAUUAUACGGUGUGCUCAUACGAAUUAUAAUAAUAAUAAUAAUAAUAAUAAUAAUUGGUACACCAUCAAAUACAAAUUACGACGAUACGCAUGGUUAUUGGGCCGACCGUAAUACGGUUUUUUCGGAUUACGAUCUUGCAAUUAUUUUUUCACUUUAUAUAAUAUAUAUACGUAAAUUGUUUUUUGUUAUUAUGUGUGACCUGACCCGAAACAUAUUAUUAUUGUUAUUAUCAUUAUAUCUUGCGAAUAUUAAGACCUGUUAUUUGAAAUGUGGACCGUUUGCAAAAUUGAUAUUGUUCAACAAAAAAAAAAAAAAAGGCUUACCAAUACGUUUAAAUAAAUAUAAAUGUACAUUGAUUUCGACGAGGGUUUUUUUUUUUAUGUAUAUAUAUAUAUAUAAAAACAACCAAGGUCCGAACGAACACGAUCUAUUAUUUGAAUACCAUUAUGAUUACCUCCGAAUUAACCUAUCUAAAAAAUCAGUUGGAUAAACUUGUUUGUUCUAAAAUUAAAAAUAUACACAUAAAUAAUAUCACAGCUAAUAGGUACUUUGAAUAUUAUUCCAAAAAUAAUUUGAUUGUUUUCUGCAGCAACAACAACAACAAUAAAAUAAAACAAAUAACCAAAUUAAUCAUAAUAAAACAUUCGGAGCAGCAUUCGUUAGUUCUCAAUCUUGUUUAAAAGAGAAACUCGUAUUUUUAUACCGAAAAAAUAACAAUGAAUCGUUGACUUGUGUGUUUUAUAAGCAAUUUGUACCCAUUGGCUUCCCGACAAAAUACAUUAGUGUAUUGCGUAUUCGUAUUUCAGUUAAAGCAAUAUACAAAUAGUUCACGCUGCCAGUAUAUCCAAGUCAACAUACCACGACAUUUGCAUGUAUGGCAUUUUUUUUUUUUUCAUUAAGUUUGAACUCUCCUUUCUAAAUUUUUACACUUUCACUUUAAUUGUGUACAUUAAACUACUAAAAAACCUUGAACUGCUAUCAUUGACAGAUAUUAAAAUACCACGUGUGUCGUACAUGUUACGUCUAAGAAACCAAUGACUGCAUACAAUAAAUGCAGAGACCUAACAAUAAACUUGCAUAGCAGAUAUUUCAUUUGUGUAUACUUAAAUAUUAACUUCUAUUCAAAUAUUUGCGUCUCUAAUCAAAUUUUAUUUUAACAAAAUUAUAUUAUAUAGAUCAACUGAAUCGAUGAUUGCAAAAGUAUCACAAGUCAAUUAUUUAAAACUUUUGGCAAAUUGACAAAAACUGAAUAAUACAAAUAAUUUUGAAAAUUGAAUUCAGAUCUUUCAAUUGUAAUUUUAUAGAUCAAAAAAAAAGUAUGAUUAAAAUCGUUUUUAUACUCCACGCAUAGAAGCACAUGACUAAUACGUGUUUUUACUAAUAUAUCAGUUUCUUAAAAUUUAUAACCCAUAAUGUUUCUGCGAUCAUCAAUUUAACUAAUAUAAUUUUAUAAAUACUAUAUUAUAAUUCUUAAACAAAUUUAAAAUUGACUAUUCCAUAACAAGUAUGUAUUUGUUUAUAUGAACCUAUAAAAUAUUUGUAGCAAUUUCGAAUGCAAAUUAUUUUAAUAUAAAGAGGUUAUCUAGUUGUGAUUAAUUAAUCUCUAUUAAAAUUCUCUGAAUAAUUAAUUAGAGGGUUUUCAUUAUUUGUGUAACAUUGUAAAAAUAUCGAAUCAACUAUUGUCGAGUUUAAUUAAAAUUAUGGUUUUUUUGUUGUUAUUUAAUAAAACCCUUUUUCUUGGAAAAGAAUACAUUGUUUUUUUUUUUUUUAUCUGUCUGAACCUACAACAGUGGAUGAUCUGUGUAAAUAUGUUUAUCCCAUUUCUGCCAAGAACAUUGUUUGAAUUAAUUUAAUACACUCUCGUUGAUAAUAAUACUGCAAUGUUCAUCAGUGUAUAACAAUAUACAUAGCGCAUACAUCCACUGACCAUUUUUGUAUUGUUUUUUUUUUAAAUUUCAGUCGUGACCAACGCUGCAGAAUAUUAUGGGAAAUAUCUAGGCCCUUUGAAAUCCUACCACCAUGGUUUAGGCGGAGAUGUAUAUGCCGUGGAUGCUAGAACAUUGCACAUCAGGAAUUUUGUAUACGACGGCGAAGGACCAGGUAAUCAUUAGAAUAAAAUAAAUACAAAUUGUGAACAACUCCAGUGUAAUAUUCAGCUAAACAUUUUUUUUUUUUCGCAAAAAUACAAUAUAGUUUAUUGUUAUGUAAUAUAAAGUUUUAGAAAUGGAACACUUCCGAAUAAGUUAAACAAUUAUCUUUGAUCGAUAGUAACGAUACCGUUGUGCCUAUUACUAGAAACUACCCACAUAUAUAUCUAUUAUUAAAUUUAUUCAAUUCUUUAAAUCGAGUUAAAUUCAAAAUAUACAUGAAUUUAUUCAUUUAUUUAUUCCUUCUACAUAUUGUGCAUUCAUGAUAUAACAUUUAGAACAUUACUUUGAGUUAAUUUCCGACUCCAGAAACCGAGAAUGUCAAGUUGACAACAUAUUAUGCAAAUAUCCAAUGAUUACAACAAAUUACGAGUUCGACAAUGUCCAAGGUUUCCAAUUUAUGGGCACGUAGUGUCUACUACACACUGUACAGUAAAAAACCUAAUAUUGUCAAUUACCCAUUGAAAUAGUUUAAAAUUCUAACUUUCCUUUCCGUAAAUAAUUCAACUAAUAUACAUUAUCGCUGCAAAUACACACAAACUAUACAUUAUCUGUUACAACACAUUUAUGAAUUGACGAAAAACUCUAAGGACCAACAGUAUAUAAUUUCAGUGUAUAGGGUACACAAUUCGAUUUUAACAUCCGACAUAUUCACAUUUCUGUAAAAUAUGUACGGGAUAUUCGUAUCUUGAAAAUAUUUAUAUUAUUCACACACGACAUGUGUACACUGAUAUUAUCACGAUAAAUGUUUAAUAAUAUUACGUAAUCAUAAAUUUCAAUAAAUCACGGUAAUAAUAAUGACGCUUACACCGUACCAAUAUACGUAUAUACGUUUUCAGCCGCAUAUUUUUACGGUUCCAAUGACAAACAGCCCGGCGUUAACGGGUACAGGAUUCGUGACGAGAAAGCAUCGUGAGUAUAAUAAUGUUGCAAAGAAAAAAAUAUUUUUAUACCUACGCAUUCCACAGGAGGCGUGGAAACCCUUUUUAUUUUAUAAUAUACGCUUAUUUCUUUUUCCCCCUUCCCUCGUCGCAGAUCCAACCCGCUGAAACGGUACAGGAACGAACACUUGACAAUCACUCUGCCCGAGGGUUUGACACUGCACGAUAUCAAGUGGUUUUACGUUUGGUGCGAAGACUUCUCGGUGAGUUUUUAUAUACUUAUAUUUAUAUAUGGGUAGGUAUAUAGACAAAAAAUAACGAGUCCGGCAACGCCAGCCCAGUUUAGUGUACACCUAUAAUAUUAUAAAUUUAUAACCGCCGACAGGAAGAGCUUUAUAACAUUUAUAAUGUAUUUUACACUAACACGAAAUAUUAUACUACACACCAGCGGUUCUCAAAAUGCGCACCUCGGAAACGCGUCUGAAUGUUAAUUAAUUUCGUUUACUCGUUUGAUUUAAAAAAUAUGCAGGUUAUCUUUUGACAGACAUUUUCACAAAAUUUUUAGUUUACACAGUUUUCAAGGAAAAGUACCAAAUUCGAUUUGUUUUAACCGAAUUACAAUAAAAUAACUUAAUCGGAAAUAGUAAAUCCGUUAGUGCAGUAAAUUGUCACGUUUUUCUUACUUUUUUUUAACGAGUUUUGCCAACUAUUAAUAAAACUACACGGAAUUAAAAAUAUUUAUUCUAACGUACCCGUAACUAGACCAAAUUUUAUUUUAGAAAUUAUUUUACUUUUGAAAUUCGGAGCAAAAUUUCUGAUAGAAGAAUAAAAUCGAAAAAGUUUAAAAUAAUUUAAUUUUUUUUUUUUUUUGACGUUAAUUUCCCCGAUUAUUAUGAACAUUUCUUGGAAAAUUAAAAAAGACCUCUUCGAUGCACCGACUAAACCCAAAAUACUACAAAAAACCAACUCUAGUCAUUUUUCAAUUGAAGAAAAAUUUCUGGUAAAAAAAUAGUUUACAUAAAAGAAAAAACCGGCAUAAUAACAAAACCAAUACAUUCCUCGCUGUACUCAAAAUGUAAAACAUUGGGGCCGAGUUUGCUUCUCAACCUAAAACAACUAGAUUAAUUUUUUUUAAAGAAUAUAUAUAUAGAAUUUAUUCGUCCCUUAUUCUCUUACUAAAGGCUAGAUCUUGUCGUAACGAAUAUAGACUGGAAAUUACUCGAACUUUAACGCCAGUCUUCACAUUAUUUUGUGAAUACCAUUUCAAUCAUCUAUCCUAUAAAUAUCCUAGCUCCUUGGUCUUUCUAUUCCUUUGCGCCCGUUGAUUCUUUCUUCCGCUGUGUUGUAGGUUAUGAUAUGGUCUUAUUAAGUGCCACAUAAGUUUUUCGCUUCUUGGUCUAAUAAUAAAUAGCAACACUCUCUUCUCACAUGAUAUUCAAAUAAUUUUCAAAUCGGCUUUUCCAUUCAGUCCAACUAAUCAGUCGAUGGAAAUAUCGAAGAAUUUGACGAUAAACACAAUAUGAUAUUGGAAUCCCGGUUAAUUUUUGUGCGCUCCUUAAGAUUGCGUUAAUAUCAGUAUAAUAACUCCGCGAACAAAAAACUUUGACUAGUUUGAGAACCGCUGCUAAACAUAGCUGUACCUACAGUCGCAUUUAAACACGUGUACACGUUCGUCUAUAUACCGUGUAUAGAGGUGUCCAAUAUCAUUUUAUUAGAGAAAUCUCGUGGUGCUACACAUUUGUAUAAUAUAAUAUACACAUAUUAUCGUGAUGAAAACAUAUAACAUUAUCUAUAUAUAUUCAUACGUAUGGCGUUUGGUUUUAAUAAAUAGCGUACUAUGCAAACGUGUAAUAAUAUCGCAGCUAUAACGGUAGCGGACGGUUCCCGACCACUUUCUCCGCGGUUAACUCAUACUACGCAGGUACCCAUACGAACGAGUGUACACAUUAUUAUUAUAUUAUGUGUGUGCUUAAUGAAACCAAACCGAAAGAAAAAAAUAAAACUACUUGAAAACUAUACUACGACACCCGGUCGUAGCUGCUGGUUUAAAUGGGCUUUCUCGGUCAUUUUUUUUUUUUUAAUCUGCCGUUCCGGGGCCGUUCUCGACGACGACCAGCAAAUAUCGAAGAACUGAUUGCACACGGUAUUAUAUUAUAUAUGUACGAAAAAGAAAAAGUAAUAAACAAAAUUAAAUCACUAUAUAUUAUUAAUAAUACGGUCAUUUUUUUUUUUUUUUUUUUUUUUUUUAUCGAGUAUACAGAUGGUCGGUCGUGUAUAGAAAGCCGCAUGUAACAAAUCGUUUUAUCUUCGACCUUCUGACGGCCGCCGCUAUAUUCGACUAGCUCUAAAAUUAUUAUUAUUACACCGAUAUCAAGUACAACAUACUUGUAUAUUAUAUAUAUAUAUAUAUAUAUGUAUAAUAAUGCUCGUAUGUUGAGUUUUAUAUUUAACGGUCGAUAUACUUUCGAUUUUCCAGCUAUACUCGACGAAAUUGUUACAAUAAAACGGCAAUAAAGUUUUUAAACGGUAUUAAUAAUAUAUUAUUACAAUAAAUUAUCAAUAUAAAUUUGAAACAAAAACCCACACUGCAGCACAAAUACAAUAAUAGUACCGAUCUUCUAACAGUAAAACCGAUUUUCGAAAUUAUUUAUUGUAUGGUAUUACUGUUGGUUCUUUUUCAAAUACAAAUACUAUUAACCAUUUUGCGUUAUAACAGCAGUUUUUAUUGUUUCAUUGAAAUAAAACCGCGUGACCAAUAUAUUCUCAACUCGGUUUGUCCUAAUUCCAAAUUCGAUUCGUGUUUUUUUUUUCUCAGGUAAACUUUGGUGACAUAAAAAUUCCUUAUAAUUUGGAUUAUCCGAAACCUCAGAAAAUCGACAGCCUAUCCGGAAUUCACGGAGUUUCUUCGGAGAACAUAGUCGUAGUGGAUGCCCAAACUUUGUUGAUCCCAGGAUUUUCCUACGACGGUGAAGCACCAGGUAAUAUAGUAUGAAUAAUUCAAUACAUACGCACUAAGUAUACUUAAUCACCGACGCAGAGUAAUUAAUUUUGAACAUUAAAAGUAAUUAAUAUAGUAAUAAAGAGAAUAGUUGCUUUCACGCAUCGGGUGAUAAUUAUCAAUUCAUAUAGAGUAGCCUAAUAAAAUCUUUUGAUACAAUUUAUUUUUUUACAAAGUGACGUGCCCCAACUAAAUUUAUUAUAAUAUUUUCCGCUAGUCAGUUUAAAAAACAAUUUAAUGUGUCUUCCUCUCCUCAGCCUUUUCGAAUUGUCGCAAAAAUCUAGGCAAGAACAACAGUUCACAAUUAAUAUGACGAUCGUAGUUUUUGUUUAAAAUACAUUUUCAAACAGAAAUAAAAAAAUUGUUAUUGUCCGACUAUUUACGAGAGAAAUAUUUAAAAAAAAAACUUUCGUGUUUUGCUAAAACGUUUCGAGUGUAUAUAAUACUUUUCGUAUAAAAAGAGAAGGAAUACGUUUUUCAAAUGUCUGUACUCGAAAGCGUAUUUCUGCAGCAUCCGUUGCCAAGUAUAUGAAAUCCUAUUAUGAAAAGUUGUUUUUGUCACUGGAAAUAUGAAUUACGUUUUAUUUUAUUUUAAAAAAAAAAAAUAUAGAAAAUAAAAAUAAAAACUAAAUAAAAUAAAAUACACGCAGACAAUGUAAAUAAAGUUAUAACCCGAACACCGUUGUGCUCGCUUACAGACGCCAAGUUUUGGGUCGGUGCUGGCGACAAACCCACUCCGCAGGGUAUCCGAGUGGCGGACGAAAACGGAAAAGAAGUAACGCUCCGUCGAUACGAUCGCAAAACCAUCGUGCUGACGUUACCGGACGACCUGACCGUGUUCGACAUCGGCCAUUUCGGCGUAUGGUGCGAGGCUUUUACCGUGGAUUUCGGCCACGUGCCUGUGCCGUCCGUACUCAACGUUCCCCCGUCCCUGAAAAUGCUCGGCGUACUACCGCAGGUAAGUCACAUUGGAUUUCUAUAGAAUUUUUUUUUUUUUGUAUUUAUCGCACGCGAUUCGGGCAAAUCGUUCGUUCGACGAACGCAAUUUCGUACUUUAGAUGAGUACGUGCGGCUGCAGCGGUUACGUGCACGGGAUCAUAAAAAUCUGUAAAUGUCUGUAUCGGUAGAUACGCCGUACGACGAACGAUAGUACCGUAACAGUACACGGCGAACUGUACGAUUUUACGGUAGUAACAUGGUACAGGUGCAGGUGCGUUUACGAAAAUAAAUUUGGGGGGGAGGAGCGGUUGAGGUUGUACACUUUUAUACUCUUAUAACAAAGAAGUUUGCAUACUUUUAAUUAUAGGAUUAUUUAUUUUUCAUUAAAAUGACAAUAACUGUUUUAUAACAUUUAUUUUUAGCAUUUCAAGUACCUAUUACUAAAUUUUACAUUUCAUAUGAAUACAGCCUAAAUGAUAACGUAAUUUAUUUUAUUAUGAUCAGGGUCGUAUUGGCGCAUAGGUACUAUAAGCACUAUGCCUAGGGCCUACGAAAAUGUAUGACUACAAUUAUUUGGUAAUAUUUAAUACAUAAUUUUUUUUUUUAUUAUUAUUAUAAUGAUUAUAAGUUAAUAUUAUUAAAAAAAACGGGUGAGUGGGUCUUAGGUGCCUGGGUAUUCAGAAAUAUGACAACAAAUAUUAAGUUUUUACUAAAUAAAAUGUGUUAAAAGAAUUUUAGUCUGCGGACAUUUUAUAAACUUGAAAAAUUGUAUUAAUAUUUAUUGGAAUAGGUAGGUGGGUGGGUGGAACAUUAAAUCGGUGACUCAAUGUAAAAAUACUUCGAGCCACCAUUGGUGGGGAGGGAUAAAUAAAUAUGCAAAUCGGUAUAAAAGAAGUCAUUUUUAAUGAUUUUUAAUAAUUUAAUUUUAUAUAAUUUGGAGUAAGAUUAGUUUAAGAUUUCUUAAAAUUGUAAUCACAUUUUUGUGCUUAUUAGUGUCUAGGGCCGACAAUAGAAUUAAUCCCGGCUUGAUUGUGAUGGUAAUGCGGACUAUGCAAUAUCACCAUAUCAGUUAUAGUUUUCUAAAAGCAGGAAAACCACAAAAAUAGGAAUGAUAAUAAUAAAAAUAAACACCUAAUUUAUAGUAAUAAAAUAAAAAUAAAAUCAAAAUUGUAUUUAUCUUCCUCAUUGAUAGAAACCACUUUUGAGACUCUAUUAAAAAUCUACUUUCGUGAUAAUUUUCAUGAAAUUUCUGGGGGGAGGGUGGAAACUUUAAAAUUCCUCCUAGUACACUUGCCUGUCCCGAUGUGUUUACUAUCCAUAACGACAUUAUAAGACGUAAAAACCGAAAAUAUCUAUGUAUUGCGUAUUAUAGAGUGUCUUCCGAAAUUCAACGACGUCCGAUCAAAACGGUAAUAAACACGCCGAAACUCGACGGUUCGACAAUAAUAUUCUGUUGUCGGAUCUUAUUUUGAAAUUCAACGUAAUCAAGUGAUUUUCCGUUGGACCCACCGUUCAAUUGUACCGAUUUUUCCGACUGAUAUUUCAAUAUCAGUUCUUAAUUGCCGCGAUUUAAAUGUAUGCCUCUGGAUUGCGUGUCCAUAACGUAGGUGCGAUAAUAUAAUCGUGUCCCAAUGUCCAAAUGCAAUCCAAAUAUUUUCGGUGCCCGACAAAUCGCCUUCCGACGGACCCGUCGUUUAGUUGAAUUUUUGAAGGCAAGGGGUCAAUAUUAUUUACGUAAACAAUCAGAUAUUAGAAACGUAACGUAUAAUACAAUUGUUGAACAUUUUACGCAACAUACUCGCGUAUUCAUACAUACGUAUGUAUGUGUGUGUGUGUGUCGUGAAUAAAUAUAAUUUAUUAUCGGAUACACAGUUCGAUAGUUUAAAAAAGUAAAAUAAUCAGUGGCGUACGCAGAAGGGGGUGGCUUGGGAUUGUAUCCCAGCCCUAUGGUCGGCCUAAAAAUACAACGGAUAUACGAAUAAUUAUUUAAUGUCUAAUUUUAUCUCGAAAUGUAUAAAUUUCGGCCAAGCAACGAGGAAACGAAUACAUUCUUUAGGCCUUUGGCUUUUGUAAUGAUAUUCCCAUCGGCAUCGGGUUUAGGCGUCGAAGUGUCCGUAAUACGAUCUGUUCCCGAUUAUUAUCACGUUAUUUUACUACCGUCCCGUGCCGUCGAGAACUGUACCGGGAACACGGCGCUGGAAAUAUUUUACACUCGCACAGAGACGCGUUGAAAUGUACUCAACGAUAACGGGAUAAUAACAUACACCGCGACCAGACUCGCGUCGACAGCCGUGACAUUUUCGUUUCGAAUAAAUAAAAAUGUGAGGAAAAAAAAAAAAAAACAACAGGUUUUCCGAACGGACGCGAAAUUCAAUUUGACUCGUCGUUCCGCGGUGUACGCCGUACCGCUAAUAUCGCUGACGGGUGCGUGUGAACGAAAAUAUUAUAAAUUAAUUAUAACAGAGAGAAAAAAAAAAUUAUACAUACGCGACAUUAUAUAAAUAAUAUCCGACCCGUCGUCGUCCGAAAUGAUUUAUCGCGUUUCUCGUAUAUUAUCGUACGCUGCACCGCGUCCAGUUGCGCGUGCGGCGAACAGUCCGUUCGAUUUGGCGAACCGACGAUCGAUGAUUUGUCAUCCCGCCGCGUGCAAACGGAAAACGUGCGAACGUUCCCGGCAAAAAUGCACGCGAACCGCACGUCACCACAGGCCGGCGUCCGGCGUCCGGCGUACCGCACAACGAACGCCGUUCGAUUGCCAGCGUUACGCAUACCUAUAGCUGUUCGAAACGCAUCAUCCCGUUGUCCGUGUUGCAGAAGUCGAAGGCGCCGGCCGACGCCGCCGCGGCGACAGGACUGCCGGCGAAGCAGACCGCGGCUGUCCCGAACACCGACGCCGAGACGGCGGUCCAACAACAGCCACCGGCGGCCACCACGUAUAAGCCGGUACACCACGGACUUCCGGGUCGACCGCCAUCACAACAACAACAUCGCCGAAAACCGACCGCCGCCGCUUAGCCGCCUAAUCUCUCGGGAUAUCCGGGACACGUCGAGACUAGCAUUCCGCGCGUCCCACCAACAAAGCUGUACAGUACCUAUACCGACAACACCCGUGCCGGAUAAUAACGCAACAUUUCCAAACAAUUACGAAUCGUUAUAAUAUUUUAUAAACCUAUACAGUGUAUACGCAACGCAUUGUCAUAAAAAUAUUAAAAGACGUACAACGAUAUUAACGUGUUCUCGGUGUAUUUUUGUCUUUUGUGCGUGUUCAUCUGGUUGUCGAGUGAACAUUGUGCAUUGUUCAGUUCACUAUCGCAGACUACAUUUUCUCCUUCGCCGUCGUAAUAUAAAAAAAAAAACCGACAUACAUCGCACGAUGGGGGGGCCACUGUUGUAGACGAUAAGUUGAGAAAGUAGAUGGGGAAAUUUAAUGUGUAUCUGUACGCAACGAUUAGCCAUUGCUGAUGAAAAACGAUUCUGAGCGGAGUUCGGUCAAUAGUUUUGUUUUCUCAACAAUAUACCAUAUUAUAAUCACAUAUUUUCGUUAAUAAUUUUUUUUUAUUAAAACAGUUUUCGCAAAACUUUGCUAAUAAAAUUCUUAAAAAAAAACUACGAUUCAUAAUGGACCUCCUAUUAAAUUGUCUAGCAUUUCUAUUUGAUCUAACGAUUUUAUCCACAGAGUACCUACCAAACAAAAAUUACGUAAAAAAACCCGUACAAUUUAAAUGUCUAUAAUUAAUAGCUUAAAAUUGUUUUGAAAAUUUUACUACGUUUAGAAAAGCUAAUACAAGUUUUCUGUCCAAACUUCGAGUCUCUACAAAUGUAUUUAACUGAAUAAAAACAAAAAACAAAAAAUUGAAAACAUAAUACAUUUCGUAAAUUUUCGGGUUUUUACUACGUUAUUCCCAUGUUUUUACCGGUUUUUCCCGUUUAUUAUGACAACAACUGGAGAAAUCAAAAAAUUGCCUCCCUAAAGUACUACCCUAAUCAGAUUUUCUUUCGGAAAAAGUGCUAUAUUUGAAAGUCGAAGUAAAAUUGCUGUUAAAAUAGUUGUCCACAGAUAAAAAAAAUAAUAAUAAACAUCAUUGUAAAACCAAUACAGUAAUAGAAAUAAAUAUUUUAUUAAAUACGAGUAUACCUAUAGCCGUAAAAGUAUGGACAACAUUAUUCAAAAGGUUUUAAGUGUAAUAUUUUUAUAUUCAUACACGAGUAAAUACUGAAAAAAAAAAUAAUAAUAAUAAUAAUAAGUAAUUUAUAAGCAAUUUCUUCCGGGUAAAUUAUGUGCUGCCCGGCAAAUGUUAUUACGACCCGAAUAAAUUAUUUAACUUACUAAUACAUAAAUAAACGUAUUUAUUAUAUUUAUGUAUUAUGAUGAAAACUGUUUUAUAUCCUUGGACGGUUUACGUAUAUAAUACAGUUUAAUACAUGUAUUUAUGGUAUCGGUAACGUAAAUAUUUACUUCCGCCCCCCCCCCCUAUCAAACAUUACCAUAAUAUAAGUAUAUUAUAUUUUGCCACUAGGAUUUCGGUACCCGACGACACAUACACAUGAUAAUAUUAUUAUCAUACGACAUGAUACACGUAACGGGCCGUAUUAAAAAGCAAUAGGUUUUUUUUUACACAAUAAAAACAUAUCAUAGAUAUAACACAGAGAGGUGGCCAACAUGAACAUGUUCGCGAGCCACGUACAUAAAUGCAACGAUAUCAAGAGACCAAAAUAUUCGCAAACGCAUUUUAUAAUUUCAUAUAAUUUGGUCUGAUCUGUACUUUUGUAACACGAAUAGCUAACACAGAUAGCUAACAGCCUAUAAACAUACUGUCAAAUUACGUAUUAUUUCAAUAUUAUUGAUAUCAAUUUUUGGAACGACAUAUUCGCGUGAAUCGCUUUAUUCAACAAUGACAAUAAUUUAGUAGAAAUAUCGUUCAAAUUUUACAGACGGUCAUCUCACAGACUGAUUACUGAUAAUUGCUCAUGCAUCAGUGCAACCCCAGAUCGUACGAAGCUUACUAAAAAAGUAGACACGAAAAAAAAUACCACGCAAACAAAUUUAGCUUAACGUUUAUUUUAUUUUAUUUAAUUUAUUAUUCGUAUUAAUUUAUUAAAUGUAUGUUUUGUUUGUUAAUUUGUAUUCUAUAGCCUUAUUAUAUCUAUAUAAUAAAAAAACAAAUUUUUUUUUUAUAUAAAUGUAUACGAAAAAAAAAUUAAAAUUCAUAAUAAUAGUAAGUAAAUGUUGGUUUUUGUAAAUAGGACGCGAGCCGUAAGUUGGCCACCCCCUGAUAUAAUACUACUCGACUCGCUAUAAAUUAUUAUCAAAAUAGCUGCGCGUGGUUUACUGUAAAAUACUACUUGUCGACUGGCUUAUAAGGAUUAAAGGAACGGUUUAUUUACGGAUCUGAAAUCAUUGGAGUUUGUUUCCCGUAAACGGUAUGACAGAUAGGCCGCCGCCAACCGGUACAGGCGCGGUGUAGUUCAGUGUACGCGUAUCUCGGCACGGCCGACCGUAGCGAAUCGGCGACCCGUAAAGUACGGCGCCGUCGCUGCAGCCUCGCCGGUCGAUCCGUUUUCAAAAUAAUUAACAGAGGGAACGUGCCGCGUCCGACUCAACAACAACAACAAUAAAGUACGCGACAACCGCGGCCGUCCAGCGCAAUAAAUUUAAAAGUUUACUGCGACAACAAUCGUCACGCGCGCAAUCGUGGUAGGUACAUUAACCGUGCGCCGCGUACAUAAUAACGCCGACACUAACAACACAACAACAAUAAUAACAACAACAACGCGGAACGAUGUGCAGGUCGCCUACUUCUCGCGUCGGGGGGGGGGCACCUAUUAUAUUCGGACAGCGGCGGCGACGGCGUCGAACAACGGCGAACAAUGUUCUGUCAUUACGCAACGCAUCUUCUUUCAGUUUCCGUCGCGCACGACGACGACGCGGACCGGUUACUGCGCGGCGACGCAUACGAUUCUUCCCGCCCGUCCCGUCGUAAAUUCUCUGUAACUCCUACGCGUGUUCGCACGCGCCCGACUAACCCCGUCGCCGUCGUGGCGUCGCGGUCUUUACGUAACGCAUCGCCGCCGUCGUGUGUGACCUUUGCGACCAAUUAUUAUUGUUAUUAUACACCGCGUCCGCGUGAACUAUUGUCUCGGAUACGGCGCAAAACACCUUUCCCCGCGGCACGGCGGCCGCGCUUUCCUUUCCCCCGCUGUCCCGUACUUGCAAUACUUAUUUCCGACGAUUAUACGAACCCGUUGUCUGUUGGUACAUUAACAAUGUGACCAGGCCGCCCUGACUUUUAGACGGGACGGUACAGUAUUUUUUAAUGGGCGUCCAGUAAAAUUUGUAAGUCUAGGACGCGGGACGAUAAAAUUUGCCUACAUAUUUUCAUUAAACGUCCCCCACUUUUGUCCCCGAUUUCAUAAUUCCAAUACGAUAUUUUAUAUAAAUACAAAGAGUGAAAUAUAAUAUUUAUAUUAAAGAUUAUCUACAUUUAUUAUACGACUGCAUUUAUCCAUUAUCCUUAUCGGUUAUCAAUUAUUAUAUUUUUCAAUAGCAAACAAUUAAACAAUUAUCUAUUUUAUCAAUAACAUUUUGUAGAGAGACAUUAUUGUUUUUGAGGUAUAUAAAGUAUAAAGUUACAUAUUUAUUUUAAGAUCACAAAUCUGUUUUUUUAUAAUUGUUUUAUUUUAUUUGAAAUUUUCGAUUUUCCUCACUAAUGAUCUCGCCGUCCCAUUUUUUCACGACCACACAACUUGCUCGGCCGAGCUGAGCAUAGGCGUAUUAUUUAGAGGGCUCGGAUCUAAGCUCCCUAUCGUUGUGAUUUGUAGCCCUCCCUAGGGGUUCAUUAAAUUGUACCGGAAAAAAGUAAAUGAGUAAAAAAAUAAGGUCUCUCUCGAAGUUUUUGAUUAACGCUACACCAAUUUUUAUGUCCCAAGUUUAUAAAAAAAAAAAAAUAUCUAGUCAUAUUAUAAUAUAAUAUAUAGAUAAUACCGUAUUUUAUAAUAUAUAAUACCUGAUAUACGAAUUGGUAACUCAAAUAGAACAAUUACAAUAAUAAAAGGAAAAAGACAAAUUAAAAAUUACCCAGUAACUGAAAUCCACGCCACUGUCAGUAAUUAAAUACUUACUACUAUUUUCUCGGAUUAUUUAUAAUUUUAACGCCCUGAGCCGCCGCUCCUUUAGCGCCCUUUCAUAAAAUAACACAAUAUGUUUGUUAUACAACACACAGAAGUUUUGAUUUGCACACUUAAAUUUUUGUACCGCACAUUUUGUGCUCUAAAACACGCACUAUUUUUGGCGCUGCUGAACGAGUGAAAAUCGUGGGCUAGGGUUGAUAAUAUUAAAAAACAACGGAAGAUCGAUGUUAGAUUAUUAUAAUAUUAUAUUAUGAUUUGCUAUAUUUUUUAAUAAAGCUGAACUAUUAGUGUCGUCUAUCGGGUAACUUUGAAAAAUCUCAGAUCUAGAAUAUUGUUAUGGUUAAAAACAUCUCAACAAAAUAAUAAAUGAUUUAUUACCUAUGUAUCAAAAACAAUAUAAACUAUCCUAAACGGUUUUACAAUUUUAUGAAGUUUACAGUACAUUUCCCAGAAGCUAAAGAAUAAUAUAAGAGAUUUUUGCUUCUGCUAGGGCCCAAAAACUCUCGAAAAUCAAGGCUGAAUCUUAUUGGGAAAAAUUUUACAUUGUACCCCCAUCCGCUGAAAUAUAUGUACCGUAUGGCCACAAAAAAUGGUAUUACGUAUAUUGUUGUCGGGUGUCCCGACACCCGAAUAAAGUCGGCCUCACGAGUAUAGAAAUUUCAUCACGCCUUAGCCACUGAUGUUUUACCGGGAUUUUUUUUUUUUUUUAACCGCCGGAAUAAUUUCUCUAAAUUAACCUUUAGUCAUCUCACACGCAUUCAAUAUAAUUUCACUUCGGAUUUCGUAUUGCACACAAUAAUAGAACCCGCUAUUCCUUUGCUUCCCCCCUCCCCCGUCACCCGUUACCAGCAGUACCAGUUCCUCCAGUACCGUCCGACCGUCGUCGCGUUCGGUGCGUACGGUUUUCCGCGUCGCUCGCGCCCACUACGUUUCGGUAUUGCCGUCGUCGUUUUCGAAAAACAUCGUUAAUCGCGUUGUUCGAAUCGAACGGCGAUUAUUAUAUUAAUACUAUCGUUACGUAGUCGAGCGAUAUUUAUUAUUACUGUUAUUGUUAUACGAUUAGGCGUUGCACAAUGCGGCGGCGGACGACCCGCCGCGGAGAGAACAUUGCGGUGAAGGUUUGAAGAGAGAAAAAAAAAAAAAUAACCAUAACGAACCUUCUCUCCGCCUUCUCCGUCGGUCACGCGCCGACACGUGGGACGCGUGCAAUAACGAACGCGUUCGAUAAAACGGAAGAAAUAAAACGAAAAUCCGCCGCCGCCGCCGCCGUCUGUGCCGGAAUACCCUGCGCCACGGUAAAAAUACCACAAAUUCGUUGUGAGUCCACCGGUCACAAAUUGAUAGUAAACCGUUUUGGUGCGGUUAUACAAUAAUAACGCAUAGUAUACUUAACCGAUGAGGCGGUGAAAACGGUGAAGAUGAUAUUCGUUUUAACUCGCAUCCUUUAUACAGAUAACUCAUCCCCUCCUAUUGUCGCAAAUAUAAUAUUAAAAAGACGACUCGUUUUGUGCGAUAGUCAACGAUGUACAACGAAAGCAACAACAACUCAAACGGCUAGACGCCGCGCUGACGGUUCGACGAGGAGAAAUAAUGAUGAUCCUGGAGGCGAUGAUGAAAAAUCACCGAUCGUCACCGUCUACCCGAAAUGGUCAUAAUAUUAUGUGACCGAUUUAUAACCAGUGUGAUUUAGUGUGAUAACCAAACGAAUUUCAUUUUUUUUUUGUAACCGAUUCCAAUUUUUAAGGGAAAUAAUAGUCACCGGUUACUCUCAACGAAUUUGUGGACAAAAUGAACUUACGACAAACUAUCUGGACAAUAAGAGAUUGGCCGACAAUAAAUUAGUUUUUUUUCAAAAAAAAAUCAGAUAUUACGGACUCACGAUUUUUCGUUACGGUGGCCGUUCUCCGUUACGCAGUCCCGACCACGUCCCGGAGACUCAGGAUUUAUUAUUAGGACGGGCGAUUCGAAAUGUAGGCGAUUUUCGGUAUUGAUAUAUUUUCGAUGUUAAAAUUAUAAGUGAGGUCGUCGUCGAAUCACGGAUCAGUGGCGUAUUUAGGAUCUGUCCAUGGAUAGAAAUAUUGAAUCCGGAAAUUUUGUCAUAUCGUAUACUUAACGUAUGGUGUAGCCAGACUAAAAAAAAUAUCUAUUUUUAAUCCAUAUAUUAUUGUAAUCAUGAAAUUAUACGACUAGGUAACACAGUAAUUAUUCACUUUAUUCGCUAUUUAGGAACUAAACUAACCUAAUAGGUACGUAUACUAUAUAGUGGUCCGGAUAGGUUUCGUUUUAAUGAACACGUUCCGUUUUUUUUUUUUACCUAUUAGGUAUAUUAACUAAAGAUACCGAUUCAUAAAUUAUCUCUUUACCGGACUAAAAAGUAAAAAAAAUUAGAAUUUAAAUUAUAAAAAAAUCAUUUAAAUAAUAGACACUAAAAAGUUCAAGGGAGGAGACAAAUCUAUCUAAUCUAAUGGAUAGGACCAUACUAAUCUCAAAAGAGGCUUGGUCUCCGGAAUGAUGUGAAGUGAAGCCAAUUGUUCAAAAUUCUACAAUUAAUUUGAUAAUUAUUAUAAAACCAAUAUUGUCAUACAUCCGCUCCCACUAUACCUUACUAUACCACCUAACUUACGCUUUCCUAAAAUCAUAGAAUUUGUUUUGUGCUAAAAUCAUAGUAUUUACAUUGUCAACGAAAUUAUUUGAAAUAACUGAAUAACUAUACUGUAAAAUUUGAAUUUUAAAAAAAUGAAACUCAAAAAUUUUUGUCAUGAAAAGAAAAAAAAGCGCAUGAAUUUCUUAUCGUUCAAGAACCAAAAAUUUUAAUCCAUAUCCAGCUAUUCAUUACUUUAUUAUCUGUGGGUCACAUAGAUUAGAUUAAAUUAGUAUUUAAUUAAAUAUUUUAUUUUUAUAAUGUGUUUUUACAUCUGAAUAACGUUCUUACAAAAAAAAAACGUAAUUACAAUAAUACGAAUAAUAUUCACAAUUAAUAUUUUAGACUCUGAGUGGAGCGAAGAAGCUUAUAGUUUUAUAAAGGUGUUUACUUUUUUUUUUUUUUAUUUUUUUUUUUUUAUCUGUGCGUAACUUUUCUACCAGAAGACUGGCUCGGAUUUUUAUAUGUAGCACCUUUUUUGAAAUAUAAUCGAUGUGAGGAGGUACUUUAAGAAGAUCAUUUUUUGAUUUUCCUAAGAAUUUUUCCAAAAAAUGUGAAUAACCGGGAUAAAACAUGGGAAAAACGUAGGAAAUCUAGAAAAAUUGGUACAACAUAAAACAAAUAUUAUUAAAGAAAAUAUAUAAAGUCUAUUUAAUUAUUUUACUGUAAAUGACAUAUAUGUUGUUGACAAAGCAUCACUAUCAACUGAACUUCGCUCAGAAUCGUUUUUUUCGUAAGCAAUGGUUUAAUUUUGCUUACAAAUAUACAUUAAAUUAUCUAUAGCAGUAGCUGCAUCCGUCCCCAUUAUCCUAGGGCAUCUUUUUAUACUAGUAUUUUACUUUUAUUUUUAAACUAAGAUAUCGAGAAUUGAAUACUGGUAUAUUGGUAUAGACCAUAGAGUAUCGAGUAUCAAAUUCUAAAUGUUUGGUAUCGCCUAUUUUGUUAUAUAAUUGAUUCCUUAUUAAAACGCUACGAAUAACAUGACCCUACAUGUAUUAAAUUUCAAUUACUGUAGCGUGAGGCUCACACUUAAAUUUCGAAUUGAUUUCUGGUUUCUUUUGGUUACUGUAUAUGGCGACAAAAAUCAUUGACGUCUUUUUACUCGUUUAUUUCUCCGUUUUCUUGUUAUUUAUACUUGAUUCAAGUACCUAUCACGGAGUAUCGAAUAUCAUAAACGCGGUUAAGAAAUUUAAGUAAUUUAUUAAAGUACGCGUGAUACUUUCUUCACGUUUUCUUUUUAAUAGCGUCCGCCCGUUAUAUUGAAGCUAAUUAAACUAGAUAUUUUUUUUAUUUUUAACUAGCUUAAAAUACGCUAGCAUAUGCUAGUUAAUAUAUCUAGAAAGAGAUAUUUAAAAUUUAAAAGUGCAAUAGUCAUUCUAAGUCCUUAAUCUCUACGCGUGUAAACACAUUUUGUUCGGUGUUCAAUAUUAUAUUUAUAUACGAAAUAGGUGUUUGGGUACAUAUUUAAGAUAAAUUAACAAAUUCUUACCCUAUAUUAAUAUCAUGGCUGGAAAUAAAAUUAUUAUAAAAACCGCUUUUUGUUGUCGAACACAUUUCAAAUGUACAAUUUUAAAUUGUUAUUGUUUAUUGUUUAUUUUUUUUUUUUAUUUAUUAUUAUAUUUAAUGAUAAAAAUAAUAAUAAUAUUUAUUAUUAUUAUACAAAUAACAAUAAUAACUAUACCUAAUAAUAAAAUACGAUGGAUGAUACUAUGACAGACGAUUAAAGAUGACGAGCAAGAUGUCUUGUCUUUAAAAACGUAUAUGAUGACGAUUUAUAAAAAAUAAAAUGAUCGGACUCAGUAUCGACAGUAUUUACAAUAAAUUAUUACUUGUUUAUUCUAUUUUGAAUUUUCAAAAAACCAAGCUCUGAAAAUUAACACAUAAUCACUAACGCAAUUUGGUGAGCAGGUAAAUUAUGUAUCUUCCCUUAGAACCGUAAUUUGAACAUCUACGAUGUACGAAACGCUGAAAAUAUUAAAAAAACCAUAAAGACAAGCAAAUCACCUAUAAAUUCUCUGUCAAAAUUUAAGUUUCUUUUUUGCACUCGGCAACUAUCCACCUUUAGUGCGAUUAAUGUUUCAGGUUUAUAACGAUCGUAAAAUCAUACUGCUAACAUUUUUUUUUUCUUAUUACUUAUUAGCAUUAUAAACUAUCUAUAUAGGUCUCAAAAACUUAGGACAUAUUAUAUUCAUUAAAGUAGAUAUAUUAUAUUAUAACACCUAUAUAAUAUUAAAAAGAGUACCUACAAUAUUAUGGGAGAAAAAAUAUAUUUAAUCAUAUUUAAUGUAUUGAAACUAGAGGUUCUCAAACUUUUAUUUUCGUCUGUUACUCAUGUAAUCAUGUAUACUAUGGAUCAGUCACUAAAAAUACGGUCAUGCGGUACACUGUACAUUAUGGUCCACCCAUUGACAUUAAAUUUCGGACAAAAAUUCUCAUUCCAAAUAACUAAACUUAAUAAGGUUAGAUUUAUCAGAUGACAUAUUUUUCAUAUUUAUUGACUAAGUAUAAAUUGUUAUUAAUUUCAUCAAAUUAAAUGUAUGUCCUUAAUCGUUAAUAUGUUAAUAUGUUAUAGUAAGUAAAAGCUAAUAAUAAUAUACAGUAAUUUGAAAAACACGACGAGAAAAAAAUAUAUCAAGAUUUUGUUAUCAAUAUAUUAUAUUUUGUUUUUUCAAUAAUUGUGAUAGCGUUAUCAAUUAUUAAACACUAUUACGUACAAUUCCGUAAAUUUACCAUAGAUUAAAUAUAAUAUACUAAACCUGUAUUAUAAUAUUGUUCGCUAAUAUUACUAUAUAAUAUAAUCAAUAGUUUUACGCGUAAGUUAUAACUUUGUAUUAUAAUUCAAUUAUUAUAGCAUACGUUCUGUCCCAAAACACCGAAGAGAUAAUAUUUAGUAGCCAUACAAAAUAAUCAGAAAUUAUAUUGGAGUCGGUGAGCUGCGCGAAUCGACGAUUACGAAUUAAUUGAUACAUUUCUCGGGGAUCGGGAUAACAAUAAUAACAAUGUACAAAAAUAAUAAUAAUAAUAAUUUGCAUUUUACUGUAUUUCAGUAUUCAAACAAAAUGUAAAACAAUAUUUUACAUAUUUUAUUUAAAAAUAAUAUGACGUAUUUAAUAAUUGUCCGUACUACCACCACGUGGCGUACCACAGUUUGAGAACUGCCGAUAUAGAACUUUAGACGAUUAUUAUAUCACAAGAAAAUAUUUUGCCGUACUACAUAUCCGUACCAUAUUACCAUUAAAAUUAUAACACAAACAUCUCACAUUACGUAAGAUAAUGUUAAGGUGUCUUACAUAGCACGAUUUUUUUUAAAGAUUAUUAUUGUAUUUACGAGUACAUUAGUCCAGUGUAAUAAAUUUAAAUGAAUAAUUUUAAAUACUAUUUUUAUAUAUAUUUUAACUAUAUUUAUAUAUUUUUUUUAUUUUCAGUCGAAAUUAAACUGCGAAGUACUCCACGAACCUUUAGGAUACGAAGUACGAUGGGCCAUAGCAGGUGAUAGCAUUGUAGUUCAAUUGGUGGCUAAGUUAGGUAAGAAAUAUGUUUUUUUUUUUUUUAAAUAACUAAUAUUUGUAAAUAUUACACAAAUAUAAAAUAUAGUUAGGUUUCAAAUAUUACUUACAAAAACGCGCAUUUAAUUUACAAUAUUUUAUAAUAUUAAAUUACGUUAGCAAAUAAGCAAUUCAACGAAAAUAUGAUGGAUAAUAUUAUUUCAACAAUAUCCAAUUCAAACCAUCAUAUCUAUGAAGUUAUUAUUAUAACUUAUAGUUAACAUAAAAUUGAACAAAACUAUUUUAAGUAAAUUGUUUUCUUAGGGGUUUUCUUUUUAUGGUUGUUAUAUUAUUAUAGAUACCUACAUUGAACAAAAUUAAAUUUUAAGAUAUUUUUAUUUAUGACUUGCAUAUUUUUAAAAUAUUGUUUAUCAAAUUCUUUGUGAAUAAAUGAUUUAUUAUAUUCUUUGUAAAGAAAAUAUGAUGCUGGGAUAAAAAAGCAUUUAAAAAGAUAUUAAUCUGUUCCAAACGAAUUCCAAAAAAAUUAUGAUUUAACAAAUAGGUAAUUAUUUUUAAAAGAAAAAAAACAAAUUAACAAACAGAAAUUACUACAGAAAUACAUCAAAUUUAAUAGACCAUUUUUACUGUUGUAAUAAUAAUAACCUAACGUUUUCAAUUUUAAUUGUUCAAAACUAUGUAAACUAUAAUCAUUUUUGAUUUUUGUACAGGCACUGAGAAAGAUUUUCAAGGUUUAAACUAUAUUAUAACAAUUUUGAUCACGGUUUUGAACGCUAAAUUUAUAUCGUUUAUCUAAUAUUACCUUGCACAAUCUUGACACAUCACGAAUUGUUAUUGCAAUUAUGUCUCAUCCACCCUCUCCCUCCGAAGGCAGCACGAGUGGGCAUUUUUACUUGUUUAUAUUCAAAAUUCACACAACGUUUGAACACUCGGUUCGCUAAAUAGAUACCAUGUUACCAAUACCAUGUUUGGGCAUUAAAAUGGAAAAAAAGCAUAAAAUAAUAAUAAUUAUAAUAUGAAAUACAAAUUUAUAUGAUAAUAAAUAAUAGAAUAUUAGAAUAAAAAAAUAAAUCAUUUUAACCAUCAUAGACCGUUCAUGGAGUUCAUUGUUAAAAUAUAAUUAAUGCGUUUUUUUAAAGUUUCUUAAGACGCGCACUCCGCACUGUGUAACACUCGACAAGACUGAUUACAGUGUAAGAUAAAUGAAAAACUUAAAAAUUAAUUACUGGAAAUUACUGAAGAAUUUUCGAUAUUUUCAACUGUGAUAUAGCACUUUAUCGCAAUCCUCUGGGAGAAAUUUUAUUAUCGUAGCAAGUCCCGUCUCACAGCCCUAAUAUAAUAAUGCGUAUAUGCGUUUAUUAUUAAAGUGCACUUUAAUAAAAGUGCACUUGAGCAAAAGGUAUACGUAUAUAAUAGAAAUAUAUUUAUUACCAAUAUAGGGAAUACCUUUCUUUACUAUAAUGCCUAAACGUGUUAUAACAUCAGAAUAAAAUAGUGUCCAAACGUAUUACGAUUUUGUGCACCAAUAACGUGUCACAAUUCGGGGGAAAAUGUCCAAAUGUGUUGUAGCCGAUUCUCACGUACCUAUAAUACACUUGUCGUAUUGUUUUUCCAUUCAUUAGGUAACAAUAUUAUGUAAAAUUAAUUCAACAGAAGAGAUGUGCACAUACAUAUUUUAGUUAUUUUUAGUAGGUAAAUACGAUAAUCAACCGUCACUUAUUUAUUGUACAUUUAUAUUUUAAAUGAAUUUCGAACUUACAAAUAAUAAUUAUUUGUUUUGACGUAAAUUUAUCACAUUUAUAGAUAACUAUCUGUGAUUUUAUGUUAUUAAAAAAAAAUUAAUAAUUUACUUUCUCAAGAUAAAAUGUUUACAAAAUGUGUAGUAUUUAUUAGUAUUGAUAUAUUGUCUUCUCGUGUUACCGAUAUGUAUAAUAUACCUAUUACCUAUAUAUAUAUAUAUAUAUAAAAUAAAUGUGUAACAUAAGGUAGAUAUCGUACAAAUCAUGUAACAACGUAAAUUAUAAUUACUUAUUUCUAAUUUAUUAGUUCAUAGUUAUAUUAGUUGUAGUAAUAUAAAUAUUAAUUCAGAAAUGAAAAUAAUUAUUUUCGAACUAUAUUCAGAGCAACCAGAAAUGUAAGUGCUAAGGGAAAAAAUAUCAUCAGCAAUAUUUGUUUUACCUUAUAUCCUAUAUAAAGUAGUAAAGUAAACGGGACUGUCAUGUUUUUGUAUACAUUUAUAUAAAUAUCUCUUUUUCUUCCCGACUGAUAAUAUUACUAUCCAAUAUUACAUCAUCUGAAACUCAUCUGGGUUUCUUUUAUUCAAUUCUAACGCAUUUCAAAAAUCGUUUCGAUUUUCAGAAGCUAACCAGUAUAUGUCUUUUGGUAUAUCUGGUUCGCCUACUUCAAAUCGUAUGAUCGGAGGUGAUGUAGUUGUAGCUGGGGUGGACCAAACCACAAUCAGUGGCUUUGCUCAAGAUUACUAUUUGCUGGAUAAAUCACAAUGUAUUAUACAACAAGACAGUGGACAAGUCAGCGGCAGUUGCCCCGAUUCCAAUAUCCAGGUACCAACACAAAUAAUAUAUAAGUACUUUUUAAUAGUACACAAUGUAUAUAAUUUAAAUAAUAAAAAUCAUAUUGUAAUCAUAAUCGUCUUGUCAAGUAUCAUUAAUUGAUACAAUUAUUAGAAUUUAUAAAUACAAUGAGAUAAUUAUACUUUUUGACAUUAAGAACUAAAAAUACUUAUUAAUGCUUUCUAGGGCCCAGCCGGUGAAAGUGUUCGUUUAUUAAACGCUGCCAUAGUUAAUGGAUAUUCGAUAGUCACGUAUCAGAGGCCGUUAAAAUCGAAAGAUAAUCUUGACUUACCCAUAUUAGUCAACAACAGCCAGCCAAUAAUUUGGGCAAUCGGUCCUUUGAAUGACAAACACGAAGUUUCAUACCAUCCGGUGUUCUCGAAAGGUAUUUAAAUUAAUUUUAGGAUAUACCUACCGGUACGGUACCUACUUAAUGAACUUUAAAAUAUUUUAUGAAUAUUUAAAUAUACAAUGUAUAUGAGUACCAAUUGACCAAAUCAUAAUCAUAAUAUACUGAUAUACCAUAUUUUCAACAAAGUUAUGUACCUAUUUAUAACUAUUGUUAAUUUUAAAUAAAAGAUACUAUCAGGCUGAUAAAAACAAUCAUAGAAUACUAUUAUUUUAACAAUAAACUACUAUUCCGUAUAUAAUUUGAACAAUUUUAAAUUAAAAUUAUUUUUACCUACUAAAUACAACUUUAACUCUUUAUAAUAUUAACAGUUUUAUAACUUUUUACAAUUUUCAAAAACUUCUUUGGUUAUAUGUGUACAAAAUUUAUUUGGUUCAUAUAAAUACUAAACAAUUCUAAACGAGGUUCAUCACAAGUUGUACUAAGUGGUAAAGCAAAAUGUUUAUUUUUAUAUGAAUUUAAGUUUAAAUUUGUAUAAUAUUUGUCGUAAAAAAUAAAAACACGAAUUGUAAUUUAUUUUGUAGUUUUAAAUUAAUAAAAUUCGACCGAACCGAAACAGCUGUAAUCUCUCGAACAGUGAUAAUACUAUGGUAGGCCGAAUCUUACACAGUCUACCUCACCGAUUACACAUUAAUUACAAUUAUUAGUUAUUACUCAACCAAUUUCAAAUAAUUGUAAUUGUACUACAAAAAUAUGUAUUUUGCAAAUAACCUAAUAAAAGACAUCUUAAGGACGGGUGUAGCCACUGUUAUAGGUAAAUUAAUGUGUGUAUUUUAUCAACGAUUAAUCAUUGUUAACGAAAAAAUGAUUUUGAGCUUUGUCAACAAUAUAUAUAUAUAUAUAUACAUAUAUAUAUUAUAAUAUGGUAAAAUAAUUAAAUAGGCAUUAUAUAUUAUCUUUAAUAAUAUUUGUUAAAUGUAUGUUUUUCCUACGUUUUUCUCGAUUUUCCCAUAUUUUUUUCUGGCUUUUCGCUUUUGUUGGGAAAACUCUUUAGAAAAUCGAAAAAUAGCCUCUGUAAAAUACUUCCCCCGUCAAAUCUCCUUUAAGAAACAUUGCUCUCACUAUAAAUUGGAGCAAAAUUGCUAAUAGAAAAGUUGUCCACAGGAAAAAAAUAAUCUUUGUAAAACCAUAAGCUUCUUGGCUCCAUUUAGAUUCUAAAAGACUUAAUAUUCAAUGUAAUUUAUACUCGUAAUUUGGAUGGAUUAUAUUAUUAGGUGCCUACUAUAUAUAUAAAUAUUAUUUAAUAUAUAUCCCUCUCCCAUUGGAAAAUCAUGGGUACGUCACUGUAAUUUAUUAUUAAACAUGUUUAAGUUCAAUUUAUCACAUUUAUUUUUUUAAUUUUAUAUUGAGUAUUUGUAUUUUUAGUUAAAAAACACAAUAAUCCGAAAUAAAUACAUUUUUACGCUGAUGCAGCCAGUGUUAUGCCCUAUACCAUUAUUUGUUAUAUAUAUAAAAUUACUGUGUAGCUUAUUUUAUAUUUUAUGAUUCUGCAUUAUUAUUAUUAUCUACCUAUAUCAUAUUUUUUUUUCUUUGUUGUCCAUAUUGUAAAAUUUAAUUUAUAUUGGAAAAGUGUUAACGUGGUAGGCACUACCUAUAAUGAAGACCUUGAUUUACGCAUGUGCACGUGGUGCACAAACACAGGGCCCCCAGAUUCCGAGAGCCCCUUUCCACUGUAUAAAAAAAAUAGUACACUUUUAUAUUUUAUAGUAUAGAUACUUUAUAUUUUUGGUAGGUAUACGAUUGAUAAGUAUUUAAUAAGUAAGUAAUUAUUUUGUCCCUAUCAGAAUAUUAACAUUUUUUUAAUUUAAUUAUAUUUUUCAUUUAUUAUGUAUUUAUUAUAUUUUGCACUUAAACGUAUGAAACUCGAUAGGUUUUUCUUUAGUUAAAAGAGAAUUGAAUAAAUUCUUUAUCGUUGCCAGCAAUCAAUAGUUUGAAAACAUUAUUGCUGAAUUCGCAAAAAAAAUUACAACAAAAAAAUGCUUAUAGAAAUUAACUUUUAAAAAAAAGUUUGUGAUUUACUGAUACAAAAUUGAUAUAAUUUAAGGUAUUUAAUAUAUAAUAUACCUCUUAAAUUUAUAUUUUCUUUCUUUUUAAUUUUUACCGAUUUCUUUUUUAAUUCAAAUAGAGCCCCAAAGUAAGUAGUGCACAAGACUUCUAUUUUUUUAAAUCAGGCACUGCCUAUAAUUAUUUUUCAAUGCGUAGGUACCAAUACGAUAAUACGUAUAUUUAUACAAUAAUAAAGGUAUUUAUUUGAUAAUCUAUAAACUAUAACUUAUAAUUUUAAUUAUUAUGUAUUCAUAAUUGAAAUAUUUAAUUACAAGGACUACUAUUUGUUAUACUAAUUUAUAUAAUUUGUUUGACACAUGUGAUUUCAGAAACAAUAAAAAUUAAUUUUGGCCGUUUACCAGAAUGGAACUGUCCAAUACCAGACACUGAUGCUAAAGCAAUUGCUAUUCAUAAUGAAGUUACAACUGUACAAAGUGUACAAGAUAUUAUUACAACUACCCAAAGUUCAAUUAAAGAGGUUUAUAGACGAUUUUUUUUUUAAAUUUUAAACUUAUUAUUACGAAUUAAUUUGUCAGGUUACGCCCACUAAGAAAAUUCGUCCUCGUCCUGUUCCUAAACCCGCUCCAGUAGAGAAAAAUGUUGCAUGGGAGAUUCCCCCUAUUCAAUGCUACGAACCAGAUGAUGGAGUUUUCUACGCUCAAAUGGGUCCCACUGGAGGAAAACACGGAUAUUCUGCUAUUACAGGUAAAUUUUUAUUUAUUAAUUAUUACUUGUUAUCCAAAUAAUUAAUUGAAUGUAGGUACCUAAUAGGAAAUAUAUAUAUAUAUAUAUGGGUUUUAAACAAACUAAGAUUUAUUUAAUUUGUAUAGGACAUGUUGGAUGGGGAAUUUCUUGGUACAUAAACGGAUUACUCAUACCAGAAAUAAACGUUGUCCGAGGACAAACGUACACAUUUGUUGUGGAAGGAGGAUUAGAUCCAGAAAUACCAGCAAAAUACCAUCCAUUUUACAUUAGUAAUGAUCCUAUCGGUGGAUACGGUUACAAAACAGCUGAAGAAAAAGAGGUGAUAUUUUUAUCCAUACACAUUAUAAAAUUAUGUGUAAUGAUAUAUACAAUAUGGUAUAUAUCAUAAUUUUAAUAUUGAUCAACUAGUUAUAUCAUAAUAUAAUAUUAUACAACAUUAGUAUUAUCUAUAGUACAUUUUAUUAUAGUGGACACCACUUUAUUUUAUCAGUUUGUAAAUGAAUUUAGAUUUAAUACAAAAUAGUACGUAUAACAGUUAAAUAUUUCAAACAACAGCACUCAACACUUCCCCCUUUUUUUUCUCAUAAAACACUCCUCGGCUCAUUCGGCGGCCGGAUCCUGCCGUGGCGACUCGUCUUCCCGCGAGUGCGUGUUGUCCCGUCGUCUAACAUUCUGACAUCAUCAUUUUUAACUAAAUCAAGUGUUUAUUUUAUCAUUCCUACUACCUAUUCUCAUUAACAUAAUAAAUAAAUAUAAUCAUACCUGUGUUCAAAAUCAACAUUGUUGCUGAGGAUAUUCCGUUCAGGAUAGGUAAGAAUAUUAUUGUUACAUUUCAUAGUUUACAUUUUAUAUUAAUUGUCUUCUACCGUCGUAGGCUGUAAUAAGUAAUCUAAGUGGUUAUUGAGUGUACAUUCAAUUACUUUGUACCGCAUUAUUCACUUUAUUACAAAGUGGCGCCCAACGUGGGGCUCGAAUCCACGACCCCGAGAUUAAGAGUCUCGUGCUCUUCCGACCGAGAUAGUCGGGACGAUGUUAUUUUUAAACUCACAUAGUAUUGUAGACUGAUAUUAUUACAAAAAACAAUAAAGUGCCUUCCCCAUAUAUAUUCUCGAAAAUACGUAAUGCCAAAACAUAGUCCUAAUAGUUCUGAUGUUGUUGAUAAGUAGGUUUUUUCGUUGUUUAAUAAUUUCCUAGAAGCAUACCCAAUUGGAUUUAGUAUAUUUUUGUCAUCGUAUUGUUCAAGGCAAGCGCCUACUUCUAAUAAUGAAACGUCUACAGUUAGGUAAACUUCCCUUUCGUCAUUAAAAUGGUUUAAUACUGGUUUAGAAAUUAAAAUGUGUUUUAGCUGAUUAAAAGGUUGUUCAUGUUCAUCGUUCCAUAUAAUUUUUUUAGUGCCCCCCUAAGUCAUUUCAGUGAGUGGGUGAGCUAUUUUCGCAAAAUCUUUUACGUGUUUUCUGUAGUAUGAACACAUACCUAUAAAUGACCUAACACCUUUCUAAGUUUUCGGUUGUUUAAAUUCAGUAAUUGCUUUUGUGUCAGUAUCAAUGGGUUUUGUACCGUCUCGAGAUAUUACGUGACCAAGUAAUUGUAUUUUGUUGUUGAAAAAAUGGCAUUUAGAUGUUUUUAGAGAAAAGUUUAAUAAAUCAAUUAUUUUAAACGCUUUUUCCAAAUUUACAAGUGCUUCUUUUCCGUAAGAGGCGAUAUCGUCAAUGUAAAUAACUAUAGAUUUGUAUAAUAGUGCAGACAAAGCUUCAUUUAAAGUUCUUUGAAAAAUAGCACUACUAUUUUUGAAACCUUGAGGUAAUCUGGUAAAGGUCAUUAGCCCAUGAACUGAUGUAAAAGCUAACUUAUGUUAGUCUUCCUCUUUAACAGGAAGUUGGAUAAAACCACUAUUUAGAUGUAAAGAGUUAAAAUAUGUAGCUCCCUCUAAAGCUCUUAGUAGGUCAGAGGUUCUAGGUAUGGGAUAUUGGUCUGUCUCAACUCUUUCGUUCAGUUCUUUGUAGGAUACUACUAAUCAUUAUGAACCCUUUUCCUUUUUCUUGACUAAAAAGACUGGCGCUGCAAAUUUAGAUAUUAUUGGACGAAUAAUGUCGGCUUUAUUUAAUUUAUCUAAUUGUAUUUUGAGCUCGUCUCUUUGUCGUGGAGAUACUCUUUGGAGGGCAUAAAAUGUUGGGUCUCUGCAGUUUGGUUUCAUUUUUAUCUCGCAUGGUUUUCAAAUUUUUGAUUUUAUAUUAGAUGCGUCUGAUAUAAAUAAAUGUAAGUAUUUUUUUAAUAAUUGUAUUGCCUGUUUGUGCUGUGAUAGAUUUAGUUCAUGGAAUAUGUUAAUUGGAGUGUUUUCAUUGACAUAUAGUAUUUCUUUGUUGUUUAUUAGGUUAGAGUUAGUGAUGAUCGACUUAUAAUUGUUAUGCGCCUUUUUAAUUUGAAUCUGUUCAAUGUUUUUUAAUUCGUAAUCUAUAAUAUUAGAUUUGCUUACAAGCUUGUAUUGGUGUUUUAUUUUUGUAAUUAUUUCUUCUAAUGGUGUAAUAUCGUUUAUUUCAAUAUAAUUGUUUAGUAUUUUGAAUGAUGGCUUUGUAGAUUUAGUACCGGGAAUACAAUGAGUAUUAUUGUCUGUAUUGUAGAGAAUAAUCGGAGGUUUAUUUUUAUUUUUAUCGCGAUAGAUUAUAGCCGUUUUAGUUUUUUCGUCAAAUAUAUAAGUGUCAUGAUUAUAAUAAUCGGCAAUGGAAGUCAAUUCUUCAUCGGACCACCAAUGACCAGGGAGGUCUGAUUACUGUAAUAAUUCUAAAAGAAGGCCUAUAGAAGUUAUCUUUUUUUCUUUAUUAUCGUUUAAAGCGUUGCAUAGGGCAUAGAGAUCACAAUUGCCGUCCCCAUGAACAUUCUCACCGGGUUUGUAACUACUAAAGAUUAGAUUUAUUUCAUUAUCUUCACUAUUGUCGGUGUUAUACUUAUUAUAAGGAAUUGCUUCUAAUUUAUUGUCGUUUUUAUUGUUGAUUUGUGUGUUGACAUUAUAGUAAUUAUGCCGUAAUUUAUUAUUAUAUACGUGAUUGUCGUCAAUGUUAUUGACUUUCAUAAUUAGUUAGUCAAAGUAAUAAUGGUCACGUAUUAAAUAGAUAAUUUUUUUGUGCUCUCGUGUUUUUUAAUUAUUUGUUAUAUCAGUUAAUUUUUUAUGGCAAAUGAGUAAUUCUAUAUUAUAAUUUUUAAAUUCAGAAUAUAUUAUUUGUUUUAUAUUGAACCAAUUUCGUUUAUCUAGUCCAGUUGCUAUUGUGGGGAUAGCUUAUAGUCUUGUAAUUUAAUCAUGGUUUUAUAUAGACUUCCCAGUGCAAUUUUUAUAUUUGUAUUUGUCGGUUUAUGAAAAUAUUUUUGUUUUGUUAUUACGUAAUAAAUUGUCCGAUUCCCUAUAUUAAUGAGAAUAGCUUCACCUAUUCUUGGUUAUAGUUUCGAUAAUUGGGGAAAUGCGUCCCCAAAUUCGUUUUUUAUAUGUGCCGCUAAUCCUUUACUCAUUUUUAAAUCCGCUGAGAUGCAAUGGGCUAUAGAGUGUGAUGGAUCUACUGCAAACAAAUCUAAAACCUCCUCUUUGAUUCCAUUCAUAUGAUGAUUUUUUGUGUAACUGCUGUAUGUUUUUAUAGACAGUAAGUUGUUUAGUACUAAUGUUUUUUUUCAAAAUUUAUUUGCGCCUUUUGUUUGAAAAGAAAAUCGUUACCUAUGAUCAAUGCACAAGAUUUUUGACUACAUAAGUUAAUAUUUUGAAUGUUUGGGAAUUGAUGGUAACAUUUACUAUAGUUGAGCCAAGUACAAUUAGAGGUUCAUUAUUUGCCCCUGUUAAUAUUAUUGGUGUCUUUUCUAUGUGUUUAAUAGGGACAAGUGUGUGUCUAAUGCAACAAAUGUUAACACCAGUAUCAAUGGUUAAUAAUAUUUUUGUGUUAUCUAAGUACGCGUAGAUGUGUAGUGAUUCUAUUAAUAUAUUUAUUAUAUGACUUAUUAUGCUAUUAUCUAUUUUUCUAUUUGUUUUAGACAGCAAAGAAGGGGAACGGCUUUUGUCAAUGCGGCCGUUUAACCUAGUUAUUCGUUUUUUGAUUGGUUAAAAUAUUGUCUACAUUCACAAGCAAUGUGUCCUAUUCUAAUACAUAAUUGAUAUAUAGGUGGAGUUUCAGGGAAACGACAAGUUUAUAUUGUAUGAUUAUAUAGUUUACAGUUGUUGCAUUGAAUACUUGGUGUUUAAAGUUUAAAAUUAUUUUGUUUAAAUAGUUUAUGUUAUGGAAGAGAAUUGUGCCGUGUAUGGUUAUUAUUAUUUCUAAAAUAUUGAGUGUUUUUAGGUUAUAGAGUGCUCUGUGAUUUUAACUGUUCGCUUAGAAUAUUAAAUUUAUCAUUAAAUUGGUUAGUAAUUUUAUUAAUAUUUUCGGUCAUAGUAGAAUUUUCUAAAUUUUUCGUUAGUCGUUCAUUAUUUUCUUUUAAUGUUUUAAUUGUUUCGUUCAUUUUGUAAAUUUGUAGAGAUUUAUAACUGAGUCAGCAAAGAUCACCAGAUUGAUUAGUUAGACCACCAGCCAUGACUUCAACUUUUUCGUAUUUCGAAUAUUACCCUUGAGUUUUUCUACAGUAUUAUUGUCCAUGAGACCUAUGUACCUAAUGAUGUGUGGUUUAAUGCUCUUCGUAAUAUUACGUAUUAUUUCCUGUUGGGCCAUUAAGGGAUCAACGUGCCAGUUAUAUACGCCAUAGGGUUUUCGUCAUCAAAUUGUUUCCGUUUUUCUAAUAGGGAACGAAGAAUAUUAAUUUGGGCGGAUGGUUCAAAUUGAAUGCUAAAAUAGUUUUCUAGAUCUGACCAAUUAUUUUUAAUAUUAUUAGAAUUUUGUAUAUUUUCAUGCGUUUUUAAUGCAGUGCCCUCUAGAAAACCCGGAAAGUAUCAGGUUUUGUCUUCGUCAGACCAGUCAUUCAUUGACGCACACAUGUUGUAUUUGUUUAUAAAAGAGUCGAAAUUCUCUGAAAUUAGUCCAGAAAAUGUUACGGGUUUAAAAUAUGGCUUUUUAUUGGCCAUCAUUGUAAUUUUUUCCUGCUGGUUUGUUUGGUUAGAAUUAGGUGUUUUGCGAUUUAAAAAGUCAGUAGGUAUAGAUUGGAUAGUAAGAUAUUGUAAUAAUCUAGUUUUUAAUUCGGGUAACGUUCCUACAGUAAUCAAACGUCUUUUGGUUAAUUCUGUUUUUAUCUGAUCUUGUUCUAAUUAAGAGAAGUAAUCUGCUACAUUCGUAAAAAAUAGAAUGUUUUGAUCCAUUUUUAUAAAUAGGUACCAAGAAAAAAUUGAAUUGAACGAAAGAAAAAAAUUGUUAUUAUUUAUUUAUUUAUUUUAAAUUAGAUAGAUUGUUUAGUAGUUAAUUAAGAAUGUGUGAGUUAAUAUUAUUUAUUAUUUUUAAAUAAUUUGAGGUGGGGUAUGAGCUUUUAGCUGGGCGCCACUUUGUAAUAAAGUGAAUAAUGCGGUACAAAGUAAUUGAAUGUACACUCAAUAACCACUUAGAUUACCUAUUACAGCCUACGACGGUAGAAGACAAUUAAUAUAAAAUGUAAACUAUGAAAUGUAAUAAUAAUAUUCUUACCCAUCCUGAACGGAAUAUCCUCAACAACAAUGUUGAUUUUGCGCACUGGUAUGAUUAUAUAUAUUUAUUAUGUUAAUGAGAAUAGGUAGUAGGAAUGAUAAAAUAAACAAUUGAUUUAGUUAAAAAUGAUGAUGUCAGAAUGUUAGACGACGGGACAACACGCACUCGCAGGAAGACGAGUCGCCACGGCAGGAUCCGGCCACCGAAUGAGCCGAGGAGUGUUUUAUGAGAAAAAAAAAGGGGAAGUAUUNUAUACGUACUAUUUUGUAUUAAAUCUAAAUUCAUUUACAAACUGAUAAAAUAAAGUGGUGUCCACUAUAAUAAAAUGUACUAUAGAUAAUACUAAUGUUAUAUAAUAUCAUAUUGUGAUAUAACUAGUUGACCAAUAUUAAAAUUAUGAUGUGAUAAAAAUUAUGAUUACCAUAUUGUAUAUACAUCAUUACAUUUGUAUUUAAGAUAUUUUUGCUAUAUUUAAACGUAUGUUUAUUAUUCAAUAACAUCCUUAUCGAAAUUGACUAAUUUAUUACGCAGAACAUCCAAAUAUAUGCUGGAGUUAGUGUUAGCAAAUUGGGAGACAUAAUCCCAACAGGUAUUGGCCGUUUAUGUAAUUGGACUCCAGAUCCACAACAACCUUCUGCAGAUGAAUUUGUAUCCUUUGGUGCAUACCAAAGAACUUUAAGUCUAGCUUGUGAUAACGGAGACCCUGGAAUAGUACAGUGGACUCCAGAUGCAGAUACGCCAGACACAGUAUAUUACCAGGUGGGUAACUAAUAAUUAAUAUUAAUAAAAUGUUAAUUUAUUAUUAAACACGUGUUUUUCUCUAAAUUAUAAAGGAAGUAAAUUUAGUAUAAAAUAUUUUACACAAAGAGUAUGCAUUAUUAUUUCACUAAAUACUAAAAUAUUUCUUAAAAUACUAGAGUUUCUAUAUCUAUUAAAUUCCAAUAACAAUAACUAAAAAACAUAGAUAUGUUUAUUUUUCAAAUAUACGUAAAAAUUGUAUUUCUUAACACGGUUAUAAAAGGAUUUAUAGUUUAAAAAAAAGUUAAAUAAUAUCGUUUCUAAUUUGAGUGAUACAUAAAUAUUUUGUAUUGCUAUAUAUAUAUAUAUAUAUAUGUUUUUUUUUUUAGUGUUUCACACACCGUCACUUGGGUUGGAAAAUUAACGUAUUAGACUCGUGUGAUAAAGAACAACCAAUCGCUGAGCCGAAUACAUCUGCUUCCGAAGAUUUACAAUCAAGAGGCAGUAUUCAGUAUUCGACAAGAGUAAAGCCGGAUGUCGAAAACAAACAGUACUACAACAACGAUGAACACAAUAAAAAUUAUAUAAGCCAAAAUACAAAUCCAAAUGAGCAUUUUAAUAUGCCGUCAGUUCCUGUCGCUUUAGAAGAAAAUUUAAAAAACGAUUUUUACAAAUCUCCAGCCCACCACGAUCAAUUUGUUUAUAAUAACUACAGACUUCCACAGGUCGCACCGCAACAAAAUUUGACUCUAUACGCAUACCCGGCCUCUAAUUACACAUACGGUGGUAACGUUCCGUUUUACAUGCCAAAAGUUCACUACGGUAGUCCGCAACCAGUGAAGUCGUCCGUCUAUAAUUACGUGUUACCGUCGCACAACGUUAACAAUAAUAAUCAUAAUUACAGACCUAUACGGCAGCCGGUAGUUCAACAUUUCCAAGCGCAACCGAAUGUGCUCCCCGACCAUCAUCCCGUGCAAAUGGUUUUCAACCAUAAACAGCAUGCUCCUGUGAAACACGGUUACCGGGUGCCGGGUAAGCGAUUGCCGUCCAACGGGCCCAUGCCGAACGGCGCUCAUCACUCGGUAGUGUACAAGAAACCCGUUUACAAGCUUAACGGUCAGCCCAUUGUAAACCAAUACAACCCGGUGCCCCCGGUUUCCCAACCGCUGCAGCACUCCGACUAUCACGCGGGUAGUUUUCAACAGCAGCCCAGCACUUCGGUAUCAAAAUCCGUUUCGGUGACGUAUUCUUCAUCCAAACAACAAACACCUCAGCAAAUACAGCAAAUGGGCGGUUACGUUCUGCCGGCGGCGCAGAACAGACGGGAACCCACCGGACACCAUCACCAACAAUUCCAAGGUGGUUUCAACCCUAAUACCGUAGUAGUCGAGAGUGGUUUUCAGCCAAUCGUACCCAGCGGUGUUGGUAACAUUUUUCAAGACAGGUCUGAUCACGAAAGCGGCGGCACGGGUGAUUUUGACGAGACGGCAACGACGAUGAAGCAUCACGAGAAGAAAAUGAGCAAAAAACUGAUAUCUAGAAAACUCUCAGCCAAACACGCAGACGCUGUAAUAAAGGAGAAUGUCCACGAGCCACAAGAUAUGAUAGUCACCAGCACCGAAAAUGUUGAGCAGGGAAACCAAACGAUUAUUGUGGGCAACGUUGUAGAAAAAAACCAAACUGUCGAAAAAGAAAUUUAAUAACGAUAUAAGCAAUGUCUAUUUUACUAUUGUCUAUUUAUAUGCCAUCGUAUUUACCCUCUUGCAGGCGUUAUACUUAUAAAAUAAAUAUUGUUGUAAUAAUAAAUGAUUAUUAAUUAGGUAACUAGGUAUAUCGUAUAUAAUAGUUAAAUGUAUUUUGUUUACACUUUACAAACAUUUACCUACUUUUAAAUUUGUUUCACUUGAAUUGUUUGUGAAAACUAUUUGUUAUAAGUUUAUGUAUUUCAUUAUAAUAUAAUUUUUUUUUAUUUGGUUAAAAAUGACAAACCAUACAUUUACGAAAACAACACAUCAAUCAACUGUAUAAAUUAUCAUGC